AAUGGGCAAUGAAGCUGUCACUCCGGCACCUACUUGUUGGCUGUUCGCGCAGCAGAGGCGCACAGAGGAGCGAGCGCAGUGGCGAGGCUGAGCUGCCGGCGGACCCGCGCUUUCCUCUGGCUGCCGCUGCGGCUGCAGGAGCGCGCCAGGCGCCCGCCAGGAUCUGCCCUGCCUCGUCCGUCAGCCCGGGGCUUUGGCGAUAAGGAGCGGCGGCGAUCUGCAGGCUCCGGCCGGAGCUCUCCACCUUGCGCGCGGCGCCCGCCCUGCUGCCCUUCCCGCCGCCGAUGCUCCGAGCAGCGGCCGGUCGAUGGAUUGUCUUCCCUGAUCGACGGCGUUCAGCUCGGGGUAGCAGGCAUGCUGGAUUCUGGCAGGCGGCACUGGGUUCUCCUCGCGGCGGCGCUUAGGCUGUGGCUGCUCCUAACUUUAUGGGUGCAGGUAAAACAACGCGGUCUCUAUUUUUGUGGGGGGGGGGUUGCUGUCUUGCAAAUAAAAGGGAACAACGGGAAAGGGAUAGGGGAGCGGAGAGGACCUUUAUCGCAGUGCGCGCCUUACCUUUCUUCUUCAGCCGCCUGUGCUGCAGCGGGGAUUGCCUUUUGGAUAAUAUUUCCCCCCUAAGAGAGUGGCUAUCUGGAGCGCACCCUUUUUGCGAAACUUAAGCCCGAUCUCGCUUAAGGGGAAGAGAGAGAGGAGAGCGUGGCUUCUGCUGCAGAUCUCAGCCAGCCUCCCUUUCCAAACGCGUCGCUUCCAAGCCGGCGUGUUUGCUUUGGAAGAGCGCAGGCAAAGUUGCCGUGUGCAAUGUUUGCAUGGAGAAUUUCGCUCCUCUUCUCUCUCCUCCAAUUAUGAUUUAUAAUCCAUUUAUCUGCCCACCCGCGGAACGCUUUCCUUUUUUUUAUAUAACAGAAAACAAAACCGGUUUGCAUAGCUCGGCUGGUCUCCCUUACGACUGUAUGAAUCCCAAACCAUUUUAUUUGGGAGCUGCUUAUUUCAGUUGCAAAUGGGAACAUUCUGCAGUUCCCUUGCACGGCUUGUGAAUAUUUUCCCUCUCUCUAUUGCCACAGCUAGCCGGAAUUGCGGCACCGUGUCCCUGCACCCCCACCCAAAUAGCUCUCGAUCUCAUCUUUUAAUAGCACCGUCUAGUUGUAAUAGUUUUUCGGGAAGGCUUGCUUUGCCGUAGGAAACUCCGGAGUGGCUGCUGGCUUGUAAAUCUCCGCGCACUUUUUCUUCCCAAGACACUGUAGUAAUGAGGUUGUAUGUGUCUGUCACCCCCCCUUCCUUCCCUCUCCCUUAUUUUUAGGUGUCCCAGUCCACGGGCUAUUUCGAGCUGCAGAUUAACUCGGUGAAGAAUGUAAACGGAGAAUUGUUGAAUGGGGAGUGUUGUGAUGGCAUGAAAAAGCCCCAGAACCUGGACUGCGCGCGGGACGAGUGCGACACUUACGUGAAAGUCUGCUUAAAGGAGUAUCAAGCCAAAAUCACGACCACUGGAGCAUGCAGCUACGGCUCCGGAUCUACUCCUGUUCUCGGUGGAAAUACUUUUUAUCUCAACAACCGCAAUUUUCAUCAGGGGAAAAGUCACGACAUGGGCAGGAUUGCUAUCCCUUUCCAGUUUGCGUGGCCGGUAGGUCAACUUUCCUUUAAAAAAAAAAUAUAUGUAUAAAAAUGUGUGCGCGUGUUUGGAGAUUUGCUCAUCAUUAAGCAAUAGGCAUAAGUGGUUUUGUGCACGGUAUAUAGGCUAUGCGCUGAAUGGUGUUUGGUGUGUGUGGGGGGGGGAAGAAUUAUUUGGAUGACCUUCCCUUUGUGGCUAGCUGCAGUUCUGUAACUUGAGGUGCUUUUCCUUCCGCCCUCUGUGGUUUUAUGCGAAGUGCAGGCAGGGACUGGCUCAACUUGAAUCGCGGUUCAUUGCUUGGAAAAUGCGACGCGUUUUAUUCUAACUGACAGACGAGAGGCGCGCACUGAUCGUUUUCUCUCUGCUGCACCCCCGGAAAGGAGAAACGAGGAGCGGUUGUUUGUUUCCUUGGGGGGGGGGAGCAGCCCCGAUGCCGCUAGGCUUACAUUAUGGAUUUGCAGGAGGGCUUCCUCAGAGCAGCGACAGACAGUAGCAGACAAGUGACUUGCACCGCACGGAUCUGCAAGGAUGUGGCAGCUGGUGGUGCAAAUGGCUGGUUAUUUACUGGGAGCAGGGGAAUCGGGCAGUGGAGAUUUUUUUUCAGGGAGCCCCAGGUGUUGGGGAUAAUGAACUCCUAGCAGCGUGUUGCAUGGAAAGUGGGGAGGGGGGGCGAUUUUGCCUAAUAAAAAAAACCUGGGAAAGGGCACACCCAGAGGCAUCUCCUCAUAGGGGCGUGCCUGCUCCUCAUAGGAGCAACUGCGAGCGGCGGGGAGGAGGAAGUGCGUUGCGUGACAGCCUCCUCCCCGCGCUUUGCAAGAUCCAGGUGUGAGCGGCCGAGGCUGUUUAGAGUGGGGGGGUACUGUAGAUGCGAAGGUGCUGCUGGCUUGCACGAGCUUUGAUCCAUACCCUUGGGUGUUUGGGGGCACAAGGCGCUGCUUGAUUAUUUUUGUUUUCUUAAGAAAAAAGGGGGGGUGGAAAUGCUGUAAGCAAUUCCCGUCCUCUGUCUCCCUCCCCCCCCCCAAAUGGGGCGUGUAUUUGCAAAACAAAAAUAAAAUGAAAUGGUACCAUCUCCAGCAGGGGGCGCGUGCGGCUAGCCUUGCGCUCGUGCCGUUUAAUUACAUCGAAUACAUGCAUAUAUAAAAUGCACAACACCAUCCCUCUCUCAAUGCAAUGCCUAGAGAACAUAGGGCGGGGGUGCGUGUGUGUGGAGAGAAGUGUGCCGGCAGGGCGUGGAAAGAGGCGGCGGCGGCGGUUUCGCAGUGCUAAGCAGCUGCGCUUUAGCCGCGGGCUACGGGGAAGCGCGGGGCGCGCGUGCUGCUGCUCGCUUAGGGCGCGAGCGGCUUGGCUCCUGGAACCAGACCUGGCGGGGAGGGCGGAGGCGGGGCGGGAAUGGCUCGCCCGCCUGGCGCGCGCCUCGGCAGCGACCGUUGGAGCGGGGAGGGCGCGAGAGGGAGCCGCCAGCCUCUCCCUCGCCUCCCUCCCAGGCUCUGGGUUCAAGUAGUGCGCGUCGUCGCAGUAGGGCGCACUUCUCUGAGGGAGGAAUUCUGUGGAGGGAGCAAGGCACCUCUUCUCAACUUGGGGUCUUUUCAAAAUGCAUCCCUCCAUGCCCAAAGUUUAAACUUUGGCCCAUGCAACUGCCCCUGCCUUCUGAAUUAUUUUUUUUAAUAGGAGCAACCAGAGAGGCGCACGCCUAGUGAGGUAGUCAUGGCGCAGUGUGGUGGCCCACAAAUGUAAACUUGGGGUGAACCUGUUCACAUUGACUGACUUAGGGAUGUUCAUCCCCGUGGGUUAGUCGCACGCAAGCCCGGUGUCUCUGAGCAAGUGCAGAGUGAAUCGUGGGUGGCAGGUGGAGGAUGCGACCUGAGAAUUUGUCUGAGGCCACAGGUCUCUUUUUUAUGAAUCUUAAGCUCGGAUUGAAUCUGCUAAGUUUAUCCAUAUGCACACAGCCAGGGGGGGGGGGGGAGAGAAAAAAACCCCAAUUCCUUCCUGUCAGAGGCCUGUGACUGACAGAAAACAUCCUUAACUCCAACAGCUGCUAUUAUUGCCACAAUGUGUGAUUAAGAGAGGUUAUUCUGAUCCGGUGAACUUCGGCGUUUUGGCCAUUAAAUUACCAGAGUUUUGGAGGUAGAAGUUUGGCAUUCUUCAUUUUGUUUUUAUAAAAUUGUGUCCCCUUUUUGAUCUCGACCUGGUCUAAAUGGGCAGACCAUGUGAAAGCUCAUGAGGGUUUGGGUCUGGUCAAUACCACAUAUACACAACCUUGGGUUCCAUGAUUGAAGGAAAGUGGGGCUAAAAUAUAAGUAAACGUUCAUGUGUGACUCAGAGUUUUACUAUGUCUUCCCAAAAAAGUGUGCACAUCAAGUACACAGCAACUGCAUGGGGUUUUUUUUAAUUGCCAUUUUCAGCCUCUCAACAGCUGUGUGAUAGUCCAUUUCUCAUCAGCUGGUGUGCACAUGUGUCAGUCAAAUAGACCUAUGGAAAUACUGGUAGUCAUGUAGUUUGGUCUUCUCUUGCUGUGUCCACAGGAUGACAUCGCAACUCCACAAUAGCAGGUAAUAGAACAAGGUGUGUCCUGUGUGCUAUGAAAAGGAAUUGUCUAAAACACGUUGGUUGAUCUUUAGAAGAGCUUUGGAAUGGAUUCCUCUGGACUCUUAUAGUACAUAACUGUUAGCAGUAAGCCCAGCUGCCAAAGACAGACUGGUAGAUGGUUUUGUAUAUAUUGGAACACAUCUUUUUCAUGCUUCUAGAUAGAAGUAUGUUCUGUUACUUAGAGAAUUUGCUUUGUGGACUUUGGGCUGGGAGUUAGGCAGCUAAAUGUUGUGGAAGAAACUUGAUGGCAAGCUGUGUUCUAAUAGUUCUAAUUUCUGUUUUAAUGGUUAAACUGUUUUAAUGGGCAUAUUACAUGUUUUAAUGAUGGAUGUUUUAUAGUGUUGAUGAAGUUGGUUUACUGUGUAUCUUGUACAUGCUCAUUAUUGUGCAUCUUAAUUAUGGGUGGCUGUAUUUUUGCAAGUGGCUUUAUAGUUUACUUUGCUGUUGGCUUUUAUAUGUUUGCGAACCACCUCUGUAUUUCUUAUUGAAAAGAAAGAUGGUAUAUAAAUUCCAAUAGUAAUGCUGUUUGUUAGGGGCCGGGCUCUGAGCUUAGAAAUCUGAAGAAAGGAUUGUGUGUUGAGUCGUUUCAGCGCUAACAAGUACAGACCAUGCCACCUUCUGUAUUCAGCAGAGUGUAUGUAGUAACUUGCUCAGUCUUGUGGCAAUCCUCUGGGCAAACAUGCAGUGGAGCUGAUUGAGAGCAGCGCAUCCAAUAUCCAUCUCCUACCCAAAUAUUUGUUGCUGGUAUUCAUUUUAUGGAUUGCUAGUCUGAUUGCCAUAGUCAUUCUCUUUAAAGGGUACCUGGUUGAAUAAGACUUGUGGCUGGCCUUGAUAUUCUCAGCAGAGGAUACAGAAAGCGAUUCAGAAUCUUCACAAUUAUUGCUAAAAACAGAGUACAGUUUUCAAAUUAGUUGGAAAUCCAGGUCUUUAUGUGGGAUAGCGCUUCCAUUGCCAGGAGUAUUGCAGUUUCUAAUAAACCAAAAUAGAUGGUCUUCGUCAUAGCAGUUCUGUUCUGUCGAAUACAGUUGUGUGAAUGUGAUGAAAACCUGUUAGGUUGCCUGCUACAUUAGUAGAAUUGCCAAAUACACGGUGUGCCAUACGUGCCCUUAUGAAUUCUAAGAAGCUGUAGUUUGGUCUAGAGACUGAACGUGUACCCCUCAUGCCUCUCAUGGGGGAGUUCAUGUAGCCAGGGGUGGGGGAAGCAAAUAUUCCCACCAAGAAAGCUUCUUAUUCCCCACUCGGCAAAGUGCCAUCAUGUUGUAAGACAGGCAUAGCUUAAGAAUUUCUGAGAUCAUCUUCCUUAGUCUCAGCUCCACCUAUCCACACUGUUUAUAAGCAGUAAACAGGAAGAUAGCUAUACCUCUACAGCUCUACUGUGAAAUACCUUUGCACUGCAGUUACGUUCUGCACAUUUUAAAGAAAUAUCCCAGAACCUAAGCAUAUCUGUUGUCUUGCUGAUAUCCUGUACGUGUUAACUGUGUUUGUGCCCUAGAAUGCAUCAUUACUCUCCUGUAAUAGCCCACUGAAGAUUAAGCUCAAUAGUGGGCAACAACUGAUCCAAGUCAGAAAUCCCUGAAUGGCCUCUGUGGAAGCCUAAGGCAUCCUGGGAAAUAGACGGAAUAGCCUUUUUGUAGAGCAAGUGAUUUGCAUUUUCUUGCACCUGCACACUUUGAUUAUGUAGGUGCCACAGGAUGUCAUGCUCAUCGGGGCUAGGAUGAAUUUAGCAUUGAAAGAGAAGUGUGUUGUUUAGAAGUGUUGUGUCUUUGUAGAUAUAUGUACCUGAAUAUUUCAAAGUGGUGAAAAUAAGUCUUGUUUGUCUGUUCUUAACUUUGCUCCUCCUCUGUAUUUUUGAGGACUUUAACAGAACUGUAACUUUUACUGAGACCUCUGGGUAUAGGGUUGUAUAUAAAUUCAAUAAAUAAUAAUAAUGGUAAAGGUACCCCUGCCCGUACGGGCCAGUCUUGACAGACUCUAGGGUUGUGCGCCCAUCUCACUCAAGAGGCCGGGGGCCAGCGCUGUCCGGAGACACUUCCGGGUCACGUGGCCAGUAUGACAAAGCCGCAUCUGGCGAGCCAGCGCAGCACACGGAAACGCCGUUUACCUUCCCGCCAGUAAGUGGUCCCUAUUUAUCUACUUUCACCCGGGGGUGCUUUCGAACUGCUAGGUUGGCAGGCGCUGGGACCGAGCAACGGGAGCGCACCCCGCCGCGGGGAUUCGAACCGCCGACCUUUCGAUCGGCAAGCCCUAGGCGCUGAGGCUUUUACCCAUAGCGCCACCCGCGUUCCAAAAUAAUAAUAAUAAGAGUGCCCUAAUUCAUGAUCUCUAACAGCCCCCACCCUGAGUCCUCUUUUGCAAGGUGAUUCAGGUGAGGAGAGGUGCUGGCUCAUGUUGCUUCUGUUUCAUCCCCACUGAAAUGGAAACAAGCCCAGUUUCUCCUCUUCCCAAAUUUUCUGAUCUGCACAGAGGGCAUGGGGUGUGCUUUCACCUCUUGCAGUGCUUUCCAGUAGGCGCUAAAUGGCAUGGAUUUCUCUUCUGUCAAGGCUUGGACUGCACCACAAGCCUCAUCAUCUUCUGCAAUGCUGGUAUGAAAAGGCAAUACCUUUCCCUAGUGCUGUUGAAUUCCUGGAGAACUUGCAGGAGGGGAUCGCCACUGUUAAGCAGUUUAGGGGUUCCUUAGAGCACUAAACGCAACUGGUUAUUGUAUUUCCAUGCUUGUGUCUUACGUUUGUUUAUAUUAACAUUUAGCCAUUAAGGUUACGUUUGUCCCUUGGUCUGUGUUGACUGUGACUACAGCUAUUGCAGAUAAAUGAGUAUAGAACAGACAGGCAGCUUCUCAGAUACCAGAGUCCCAAUCUCUUUGGACUAGUCUGGAAAAAUUGGUGUAUUAUUGCAGCUACUGUACUUCUUGUAUGAUUUCUGAGUUUUAUUCCCUUUCUUCUUUGUAAUUCAAUAAGAAAUAUUGAAACUACCUUUGGGUCUUCUGUUUCCUUGUGCAUAAUGUUGCAGAUACACUUAUUCCUAAACAUUUGAUGUAUACCUUCUACCCUUUGAUCUUACCCUUAUUUGAUUUCAAAGAGACGAGUGCUACAUUUAUGGUUGUAGGUCUAGUCAACAGAGUGGGAUAGAACAGCAUUUAAUUCUUGCAUGGUGCAGCCAGCUACAGAAAAUUCCCUUUCUUCAGCUUGGAUAGAACCUACCCUCUGCUCUGAUGCUAAAACUAUCGCAGUUAAUCUAAAGCACAUGUGUGUUUUUAUUUUAAUCCUGGCUUGUAAAUCACCACUUGCCUGGUCACCUGUGGAAAGUAUAGUGCAUUCAACCAGGCAUAUUGCUUGCCAGUUCUUUUCCUUCACCUGUCCUCCAGGCUGUUGGUAUGCUACAAAAUAAUUUACAUGGGUAUAAGUUGGCAAGACGCCAUUAUAUUUGUAGGUGAGUAACUCAGUAGACUUACUAAUAGGCUUUUAUUAUGUCUGAAAGGUGUUUGCGAUGUUUGGGGCUGUCAUUCCAUGCAAAUUUACUUAAGGAUAAGUUCCCAAGUGACACUUCCUUCAGAGAUAAUACAUCAGGGUCAGGCUCCCAAGUUAUGCAUCUAGAACAGUUAACUCUCAGCUCUUCAGAUCGUGUUGUAUUUAGAAAUUCUACCAGCCCUACCAGCCAGUAGUCAGGGAUGAUAGCAGAUGCAGUCCUGGCUCCUUGCAAUUCAUUUCUGUUUUACAGCCCUGCACAAUCUGGUGCUGUUGGCACCUUGGCUGCCUUGCUGUACAGCUUUAACUUUAGAUAAUUUAUGUGUAAGUUUAAAAGCACAUGUCCCAAUACUGAUCCCUGGGGGACCUAAUGUCUUACUUCACUUAAGUUGCAAUCCUAAAAAAUCCCAUGGAUUCAGCAGAACUUAUAAGUAAGCAUUCUUUAUGUUGCACUGUCGGUGAUGGUGUGCUCUUUUUCUGUUGUCAUAAAUCCAAAGCCUUUAGCUGUUGAAACAUCUUGAUCUCUUUAGAAGUGCUUAGACUGCUACCUCGGGGAACAUUUUGUAGAAAUCUGGUAGAGUGAGUCAGGUGUGGUUUGUAUAUGCAGCUGUCCUUUCAUUACCGCUCUUCCAUACUCCUUGCCCUAAACUUCGUUUAAGGUUUUCUUGCUUGAAAAGCUUUAACUUUAAUUGACACUUUAUUAGCUACUAUACAAACACUGCGGACAAACUGUUAGAUAAGCAAAUGACUAAAACCGGCUCUUAGAACACCACACGGUUGGUUUACUAUGGUUUAAAUGUGGUUUAAAUGUGACUUGGAUCUAAAAUCAAAGCUUUAGUUGCUUUUUAGUUUCUUGGCUUUCAUAAACUUUUCAAGUGAAGUUAAUGGUCCUGCAAAUGGCUUAUAGUUUGAAAGCCAUCUACAUGGCUUCUGGUUUCAUAGUUGGCAUAGAACUUUACUGAAUGGCUACAAUGCAGUCUUCUUUUAUGUUAGUUCCAUACUUGGCAGGCAAAGAGUUUCCUGGGAAUUUCUGGACCUCAAUUGCUAGGGAAUGCAUUUUUUUAAAAAAUGCCGUCAAGAACUUCACAAAUUUCACUAGAAUAAAAGUUGCUAUAGCAACCAGUAAAUGACAUGCUGCCUGAUACCAGCACUUAAUUAGGGUUGUUUAUCCUUUACUUUGUGUAAUUUGGCUUUUAACAUCCUUUCUUCCCUAUUGAGAGGAACCUCUUAAUCUUAAGGGCAUGUUCUAUUUGGUAUUACCUGUAUUUGAGUUGGUGUUUAUAAUUCAGGGGGUCUGAUAUAUCACUAAUAAUUUGAAUUACCCCUAUUUUUUUGCAAGGGAUACAUCCAGCAUUUGUAUUGUUUUCAAGGACAAGUAAAGGGUUGCUCAAGAGAACCCUUGGAGCACUUGGCUUUUACUACUGUAAAAUUCCAGGGCUUACUCUUGUAAAGGUCAGAAACGAUCUUGUUGUCUUGUUCCAUUUAACAGGUUUCUUCAAGCCUGCACAUUCCUCUUAGAUCAUCCAUACAAUAGAACACAUCCUCUGACUCAGGUUAACGUGAUGCUAACAGAGUGCAGGAAAGAUGAAGGGGCACAAAGCCAGAGGUGCCUAAGGGGCAAGGGAUAAGUUUUAACAAAGCCACAUGACUCAAGCCAGCAGCAUCAUGAGAUGCAAAGGGAGCUGGAGGUAGCAUUUUACAAGUUGUCAGGCAGUUUGACAUGAGAGAGGAUGGUGGGGUGAAAAGGGGAACCUUCUCCAGUGUGCAAAAUGAAGCAGACCAAUAUUCUGUGUACUACUAUAAACAGCUUCACUGGUAUUGUGUACAGCAAUAUUAAUUAUCGCUAUCUUUCCUGAUAAAAUCUUAAGAUUGGAUUUACUGUCUUUUAUGGCUUUUACUUAACCUCUGUUUGGCCUUCCAUUCAUGAUUGCCUUGUACAUUCAUUCUGAUGAGUAAUAACUCUUUUGACAAGUCUUUCUAGAUGCAUUGCAUUACAGUUAAUAGAAAUGGGCCAUAGAAUAGUUUGGGUCUGCACGGCCAGGCCCUAGGUUCCUUCACCUCUCUUGGGUCAUUUAGACAAGUGGGCACCUAUCAAUCACAUGAUAUCACAAUGACGACAGGUCACCCAAAUUAACAUUUUUCCUUAGUGGGUAUGAUAGAGCCAUGCCUGCAAAGGAAGAUCCUUUGCAUUGCCAGCUUCGGUUCAACAUCAAGUGUGGGCAGGUGGACAUGGUUUGGGGAAAACUUUAUUAUGGGCCAGAUUGGCACCUGUGCUAGGUCUAAUUUGGCUCACAGGCACUGCUAUACAGUAUAGUAUUAAUUCUUCCUUUUUCUUCCCUUUUUAUUCCUAAAAUAUUUUUCUCCUGGCUGUUGGGAAUCAAGCCUUUAUCAGGAGAAACUGGCCACUCUCCAGGCACCCGGCUUGAUCUCCUGUUGACCUCCCUGUCUGCAUUCCCCAGCAGGAUCCAGGCAGAGGUCACGAUAGGCGAUCCUUCUCAGAGUGAGAAGAACACACCCCCUCUUUCCUGCCCCCCCAGGCAGGGGAAAGAGAUAGACAGAAACGUAUUUACAUUCCUUUAUUUCUGUCUUUGCAGCGUUACAAAAAUCAUGACUGCUCUCUUCAAGCUCCAGCAGUCGAGAGACAAACUCCUCCUGUACUUCCUGUACAGCUCAUAUUACACUCUGAGCUAAUUUCGGUGCCCUCUGCACUGUGAAUUGACUGUCCCUCUGUUUCCCACGGAACAGUCCCAACAUUCCAUUAUGUUUUGCUUUCAAGCUACCAGCUCGCGGCCGCAUUGCUUCUAUAUCGUAACAGUUAUUACCAGUUGGAGGGUGUCUGAACUGUGAACCCUUUUUUCUAUUUACUUAUCUGAUGACAAAAUCUUCUGAUUGCAUACUGACUACUUUUUCAAAUCUUCUAUAAACCAUUGCCCUCUUUUUCUAGCAGCUACAAUCUCUCUCUCCCUUGAAAAUUCAAAUAGGUGGUAUUUCCUCACCAAAUACCCUGUGCCGGGUGUGCUUUGGUUGGGUUUCUACUAUGUGAGAAACUUUAUGUUCAGAGUCCUUUAACUGCUAGAUUUCUCAGUCUUCAAGCUUGUCUAAUGUGUCUCAACUACAUGGGAACCAAAUGUCAAGUUUCUAUGCACUUUAGCAGUUCUCUUAAAUGAAAGUUGACGGUUGCUUUUCAGCUUCAGCACUGCUAAAUAUUCCAUUUUAAAUCAAGGGGGAAACAGAUAAUAGGGCUGUUUAGCCCCCAAUUUUAAACUGCUUUUAAUGCAGCUCUUUGAAAAGACCUUAAAUUAAGAAGAUAAACAUUUGUAUUCUGUGCAUCACAGAGUAGAUUUCACUGGCAAAACUGAGUCCUUUUUAAGACUAUAAUUUCACAUUUGUGGAUUCUUCACAGCUUAUAGAUUCCUAAAAAGUGCAUAGAAAUUGAAAAUAUCUGGAGGCUUUAACUUACCUUGUGUGAUCACAUAUUCAUUAUCAUUUAUGUUUAGAACCAUCAGAAUGAAGAUAAUGAAUUUCAGUGAAGAGAAAGAGCAUGAAUGCUCCAUGUUGCUAACUCUUCCAUGACUCAUCUCCAAAGAUCACUUAAUAAGAGAUAACCUUUGCACAUGGAUAGGGCUUGGUAUGAGAGAACCACAGGUCUAUGAGAAUAUGACACACAUGGUCUAUAAAUAUGACUUUUGCAAGUCAUAUCCACGUAGUAAAAUUCUUGUUGCAGCUUCGAGUAAUUGAGGAUCCACUGGAGUUGUGUGAAUCUGAACACAGAACUCUUUCAGUAAGAGCUCAUGUUUAAAUAACAGAUUUGCAUGUUUUCCCUGGAUGGAUGUGGUGGUGAUGGUUGUUUAUGUAAGCAUCUAAAUUUCUUUAGCUGCCUGUUGGCUUCUUUUCAAAAUAGGAACACGUUCUCUCCUUCCAGUAAUAAGUAGGGAUAAUUGAGCUUUGCCUAAGUUUUCGUUUUCGUUGCAGCAGUCAACUUACUGUAAUGUGGCAAUUGGAUAUUCUAUUGUAGUUAAAGGUGUUCAAGAAAUUAGAAAAUUGACUCUUCUGCAUAGGAAUGAAAGAUGGGGGUACAAAGGAAGGGAUUAAAUAAAUUGCAAUUCUCAACAUGGGCACUAGUGACAUCCUUUCAAGUGGGAACAGUAUGGUGUUUAUGCUUGUGUCCUCUUGCUGAACUUAGAUAGUGGCUUCCAGUAUCACAGAAGUUACUUCAUUUCCUCCCUGAAGUUUCCCAUUUGUUUCUAGAUUUCAAGUAGGAGUCUUCUGAUGCGUCUUCAUUGAAGGACAUGUGUAGGGGAGAUUUAACCCUCAUCCUUGUACCGCUCCCAGGUUUUUGAAAAAUGUAGUAACUUUUAAAAGCAUACACCAAUAAGCUGAAUUAUGUCAAAAGAGUAUGAAGACAUUUGCAACACCUUACUAAGAUACUUCAUAGGAUCUAGGUAGGAUUGUGUACGUGCAGAAAAUCAACACGUUAAAAUGAAGAAGUACUGGUAAUGAUGAAAGAAGGAGCAAGGGUCGGUGGUCACGAUGAUGAGCAUUUGAGACAUUAGUACAUAAGCAAGGUGAAGUGUGGAAAGGCACAUUAAGAUACUAAAUUAUAAUGAAAAGAAUCUGAGUAAAUCAGCAUAAGUUGUAUAAAGAGCCGGCUGCUAAAGUCACUUAAUGUUAUUCAGUAUCAAUAAACAAAAGCUGGCUGCUCUAGACAGGUCAAAGGCAAUUCAGAAAUCCUGGAACUUGUUCAAGCAUGUGUAGAGUAUCUUUGCCAGAUAGAGAAACAACAGCUGGUCCUGCACAUCUGCAGUUUCAGAAGACAAAGCUUCUAGUUUGUGGUUGAGAUUUGUGGCUUCUUAUGGGCACAUCUACAUUACGUCUACAUUCACUGAAGCGCCUUCUCUUGCAUGGAAUAGAUGUUUCUUGUCCACAUAUACACCUAGUGAUAUUUAUAUAUGGAGGGGGAAAGUAUGGCUGCUUGGUUGAAAGAUACUCAUUGGGGUCUGAUGGAACCCUCAAGGACCCUAAAUACUCGGCAUAAUUAUCAUCCAACCUCUACUUAAAGACCCCAAUGAGGGAGAGUCCACUGCAUCUAUUGGGAAGCUGUUCCAUUGUCAAACAGCUCUUACCAUUGGAAAGUUCUUCCUGAUGUUUAGUUGGAAUACCCUUUCUUGUAAAUUGAAUCCAUUAGUUUGGGUCCUUUCCUCCAGAACAAGAGAAAACAAGCUUGUUUCAUCCUCCAUGUGACAGCUCUUUAGAUAUUUGAAGAUGGCUAUCAUAUCAGUCUCCUCUUCUCCAGACUAAACUUAUUCAAUUCCCUCAACUGUUCCUUGGUUUCCAGACCCUUGAUCAUUUUGGUUUCCCUCCUCUGCACAUGUUUCAGCUUGUCAGUAUCCUCCUUAAAUUGUGGUGCCCAGAACUGGACACAGUAUUCCAGGUCUGUCCAAGCCAGAAUAGAGCAGUACUAUGCCUUCCCUUGAUUGUAACAGUAGACAUCUAUUGAUGCAGCCUAGAAUAGCAUUAGCUUUUUUUGCUGCUGCAAUUGCACUGUUGACUCAUGUUCAGCUUGCGGCCUACUCAGACCGCUAGAUCCUUUUCACAUGUACUACAGGCAAGCAAGGUGUCCUCCAUCUUACAUUUCUGCAGCUAGUUCUUCCCACCAGACUUUGCUUAAUCUAUCACCCAGCAUCUUAUUACAAGUAUUAAACAUGCACCUUAAUAGGCUACAUACUAUGUGCAAGCACAGUUUAAUCAUUCCUCUCUGAUUGUGUGAAAGGAGGAACAAAACAGGAGGAGCAGUCAGGCAGUGUGUGCAGCACUAUUCAUCCCAAGGUUCUUCACUGUCAUUUUAUGCAAAUGUGCCCAUUUCCUGUAAAUGGAGAUCUGCUAGGACGGGCUGUCAAACUCAAAUUCAUCGGGGGCCGCAUCAGCAGUUUGGUCACCCUCAAAGGACCUGUUGUAUCUAUAGGAUGAUGUGUCCACUCUUUAUUAUCAUAAAUUAUUGUCACUGCAUUCAAUUAUUACUGUUUUUUUUGUAAUAAUGUAAGUAAUAACUAGCUCUGAAAGCAGAAACAUAGUCAGAAUAAUGGCAAGUAGAUAUUCAAAUGUACAAUUAUUGUACAAUUUAUUGAAAAAUGAUUUUUGGUAACAGACAGUAAUUUUUUUAAACAUACAAAUAUUGCCAAACACUGUUUAUUACACAUAUGGCAAACACAAGGCAUUCCCUCUGCAUCAACUUUUCUUUUCUUUGACAUUUUUGGGUUAUUUGAUUGUAGUUUAUGGUCCCUAUACCACUGUAAAGUGACGCGGAAGUGGUCAGUAUAUCCAAAGUUUACCGCUCAGACUUUUAAGCAGAAUAAUAAGCAGACCCUCCCUAAUAAGCAGACCCCCGCUCCCCCCCCACAUGCAUCAUAUGUACUUACAGUACAGGAGAGAAGGGUUCAGGCAGCCGUUAGAUCUGUCACAUCACAGGAUGGCAUGCGCUCAAUAUAAAAACAAGUGGAGGUUUCCUGAAUGCAUGUAAAGUGGAGGUUUCCUGCGUAGAACGGCCGGCGCCGCUAGAGGGCAGACGUUCUCUGGCUUGUAGGCUGCCACGCAUGCGCAGAAGAGGUGGCCUUCUUGUGUCCAAAAAAAAAAAGCGAGAAUAAAAGGUGAAGGCCGGCGGCAGCUACACGGGCCACAUGACGAGGUCUGGCAGGCCGGAUUCAGCCCACGGGCCUUGUGUUUGACACCCAUGUGCUAGAAAGUCAAUGCCCCCCUUCCUGCAUAAACUCAAGAACAUAAUAACAUGGGAAUGUGUGGCAUUAUGUUUGUACGCUGAAUUGAUGAAAGCUUCCUGUUGAGUUCGGGUGGCAAAAAAAAAAAAGAGCACCGUUUGCUUUACAUCUUUACAAGUUACUGUUUGCCAUCCGUUUUGUUCUCGAAGAAUCUAGACUCUGGUGGGUGAACAUAUUUGCAUUUUUAGAUCUCCUUUGCUCUAUAUACACUGGGUUUCUGAUGUGUGCCACCCCACCUGUGUUUUUACUGACCAUACCCUAUUUGGAAAUUUCUGGCUUCUUUACUUGCCUUGCCAUGGUUAUGGUUAGAUUUUCCUAUAAUACAUCUUUUUAAAAAGUUGUCUGAUAUCCGCACUCCUGUAAGAUCGAAGGUGUGCUUUAUGGCCAGUGUUUGGAUUUCUAACUGCUUUUCUUUGUAAAGUUUAGUGAAUACAGAAGUACACUAUCUACAAAGCAGGUUCAGUUGGACUUUCUGACUUCUACUUUGUGCUACUGUAAAUUAAAUAGAUUAAACUGCACCAUAUAAAUAUGUGUUAAAUCCAUGCAACAGUUUGAGUUGUUCUGCAUUAUAUAAUGCUCAUGUAGUGCCACCUUAAGGCAUUCUACUACCCCGGGGGGUUACAGUCUAAAAAUAGAUGCAACAGAGAAACAGAGGCAGGGGUAAACAGUAGAGAGAACCAAUAGUGUAUAUAUAUUUGUAGGGUAGGCCAUUAUUAAUCCAAACAAUAGACAUGUGUGUUCAUACACUAACAGAGCAUUGGUGACUUGCCAAAGGCCACCUGUUAAGUUGAUGGCAAAGACAAGGGGUGGUAUUUAACAAAUGUUUUACUAUUCAAAUUAAAGGACCUCACUUAAUCAUGUUUUAUGAUUAAUUCAGUGGAUUAAUUUCGGUGGAUCUUUUCUGAACAAAACUUGAGCAGUAUUCAAUUAAAAUUUUGACUUUGGAUUGCCAAUGCACCAAUAUUGCACUGCCAUUAUACAAAUUUAUGGUGUGGCUCUAUUUGGAGUACUGUAUGCAGUUCUGGUAGUCUCACCUCGAAAAGGAUAUUGUAGAGUUGGGAAAGGUUCAGAAAUAUGAAAGGGCAGCUAAAGUGAUCAAGGGAAUCAAACGACUCCGUUAUGAAGAAAGGUUGCAGUGCUUGGGACUUUUUAGUUUAGAGAAAAAGCAAGUAUGAGGCAACAUAAUAGAAGUUUAUAAAAUUAUGCCUUACAUGGAGAAAGUGAAGAGAAAGAGAAAAAAGUCUCCCUUUCGCACAACACUAAAAUUCAUGGAUAUCCAGUGAAGUUCAAUGUUGGAAGAUAUGAGAUACGUAAAAGAAAGUGCUUCAUGCAGCAUUUAGUCAAACUAUGGAACUCACUCCCCCCCGGAAGCAGCGGUGAUUUAAAAUCGGUUGGGAAUUUAAGGUGGGUUAAAUUGAUGAAAAGAACACACACUUUCACAUUCUACAUUUUGGAAAUGCAGCUGGAGAAAGUUCCUGAGACCUGAGUUGCUAUCAGAGUAGAUAGUACUGAGUUAGAUGGACCAAAGGUGUGCUACAGUACAAGACAACAUCAUGUAGGCGGAAGAAAUUGGAGGACUAGGGUCAAAAUGAUCUGAAGAUGUUUGAAGAGUGAUAUUCAAUAGACCUGCAACUUGUGUGCAUUUAACUUGCACAAUUGCAACUUUAUGCACUUGGUGGCUGGCCAGAUGACAUCUCACACAUUAAACACAUGCAUGGCAGAGAGCUUAAAAGCGCUUUCCAUGAUGGGUUUUCCCGCCUUGCUUGGUAGGCAUGGCCUGCUCAGUGUGUCAGCUACAGAAAGAUAGGGAUGGUCACGUGAGGGCGGUUCCAGGGUUCUGAGUAGACAUGGUUUGGGGUUUAUGCUCAGUGCUCCAGAACAUAAUGCCUGCACAAGUUAUGAGUCUGCUGUACUCAAGUUUGGAAAAUGACUCUAGUAUUUAGAAUAGCAGAACACAAAACAAGACAGGAUCCAAUUAGAACGGGCACCAAAACAGCGGAUGAAGUUAAAAUUGAAGUUCUAAGCAGCACAUGUUAUGGCAAGUAAUCCUGGACUCAUAAUUUAUUUGCAAAUUAACGAGUUACUAGAGACACUUUUCUAGUAGAAAGCUUAUUGAACACUUUGUCUUUGCAUUGUGCAUUAGUGUAACAGGUUCUUCGGGUAGAAAUAAUUAAUUGGAAUACUGUUACGUUAAUCUAAUGGCUACUCAUAUUUAGAAUGUUGUUUACUUUCUUCUCAAUGAUUAGAACUGUUGCUAAUAUACUCUCUUCAUUAGAUGUACAGAGGCCAAUUAAGUAUCAAAGUAUUUGUUGUAUGGUUAGGAUUAUAAACUUCACUGGCUUAUGAAAGAGGUGUGUGUGUCUCUCCCCCCCCCCCCCCCGAGUUUUUAAUGUACAACAUGCAAUAAAACUCGCCUUCCACACUUUUAUUUAUUCUCUCAACUUGUUUACUAUAUAGACCGUGGAGAAAACAUUACCAGCAGGCCCCCUGAUUACAUUGUCUUGUUUUAGUAAACAUCUGCCUUAAAUAUUCAUAGUCUCAGCUAUGAAACUUUCAACCUGUAGCCUUGUUUUGGUUGCUAACUUGGAACUUUAAUUGUUUUAAAGAUGUUCACCCCGUUUUCUGCUGUUGGUUGUAUUUUGGAGCUGUUCUAAGACCAUGAAGUAUGCUUUGAGGCUCUGACUAAUUCUUGGCUAGCUGAAAUCUAUAGGGGUCCACAGAGUCUGACUUACUAUCCUCCCACCCAUAGUCUUGCAUUGUCCUGGAACUUGGCAGGUAGUAGUUCUGGUUGCAGGUAUUGCUCUGACUGCACAUGUGACAUAUUUUACUAUCCAAUUUGAAUGUUUGUCAUCAUUGUGCCUAACUGAAUAGCUCUUGUUGAGUCAUGGAUCAUGUGAAUGUGGCUGGAUUCUGGUCAGCUGCUUGCAGUUAACCCCAUAAACCACAGUAUAUGUGGAUAGUACACUUGUAUAUGAAGAGAUAUCACUCACUCAAUGAGCUGCUGUGGCGAAGAGGUUGCCUCACUGUCGCUUAACAAUUCAUUAACAGUUAGUCAUAUUUCCAUGAAAUAUUCACUGCAUUGCUGCUGCUACCCAUGCCUAAAACUUAUCCUGGGGUUUGUGUAUGCACAUGUAUAAUAAAUAGUGAAAUGGAAUAUGAACUCGUAUAAAGGAAUGUACUUUGAAGCUUUGAAGGGUUUGUUGGUGCCUGUUAGUAUGAUUCAUCAUUAAAAUUCUGUAACCUUUUUACUGACCUACUAGCUGCUAGGUAUAGGUGCUGGCAAUAACCUGACCUCAUUCAAACAUCACUUGGAAAACUAUGUUUUAAAUGUGAAUGUACAGUGUGUUCAUGCACACUGCUGAAAUUAUGGAAGCUUCACUCAACUGCUACUGGGAAACGAGCUAUAAUCCAGUUUAGCAUUUUGUCUGAAUCUCCAAACAAACCAUCAUUGGCCAAAGUCUCAUAUUGGCUUUCCACAAAAUAAAUCACAAGCCUGGGUUUGGACACAACACUAAACCAAACCAGGGCUUGUUUCCCAGCAAGGGUCAGGAAUGAGUGAAGCACCGGCAAUUUUGUACUUCCUGCAUGUAUGCUGCGUGUUCAUACUUAAAUGACAGUUUAAUUGUAACCCUGGUUUAAGGUGAUGUGUGAACUAGACCUGUGUGUUUGAGCCUUUGGCUCAAUGAAUAAAACUGUUAAUACUAAAUCUUCUUUUAACUGGAAAGAUCAUGUUGGAGUACUGAUAACUAAAUUAUAAACUUAGGCUUGCUUCAUGGGGAGGUUGCUAAGAAACUGAUGAAUAGUCUCUAGAGUAACCAGUUAUGUGUUGUCUGGCCAGAGGCAUGAGCUUGCUCUCUGAAGACUUUAGCUCUCUUGCUGGCUCAUAGCUUGCUUCAUAUCUAAGCACGCAGCUAGCUUUGCAUGUUUUAAGUAGCUUUACAUAUCUUUCUGAAAUAGGAACCUCUGUUCCUUAAUACUGAUUCUGGAGUCUUAGUAUUUAAUGUUCAGCACUGUUUUUUUUCAUAACAUAACUUGCAAAAUCUAAGAAGAGAUCUUGAGCUAGAAAUUGAGAUGCUAAAUUUAAAAAUUUUAAAUUUCUGCUGAUGCAGAAACUACAGAACUGGAAUAGUGUCUUCUUUUUUCCAAUAAUGCUCAAUCCUGCACAUACCAUUUUCCUGCUGGAAAUGAUCCUUCUGAUAGUUUUGGAAAAAGAGAGACUUUCAGCUGGAAAGUGGAAUGGAGAACAGUCAAACUUCUUUUCUCCCUCCUCUUGCACCAUAGUCUUGAUCUAUGGGUAGGGGCUGCUCUGAUCCAUCACUGGGAUGCCCUAUAGAGGAAAAUAAACGGGGAAUCCAAAGUAUGUUCAGGCAUGCUAUUAAAAUUAUAUUUAGUGGCUCUGUGCAUAUUAUAGAAGCCCACUGAUUUCAGUGGAGCUUAUCAAAGUGAGCUUUAGUGUCUGUCCAACUGAACCCUGACUUCAGCAGACCAGUUAGGUAGAUUAUAUGGUUAAAAGGGAGCCAAGUCUUUGCCCUGCAGAUUGAUAACACUCUUGUUCAUCUGAGCCCAGCCUAGAAAAAUCCCUGUGAAAAGCAGACUGUGAGGAGAUAAAACUACUGCAUGCAUACUGGUGUUUUUCUGCAGCAAACAAAUGGAAGACACACAUCUGCUGUGGAACAUAGCUGUGUACAUAUAAUUUGGCUUGCUGCGGGAAGUGCAAAGUUGCCUUAAUCUUUAUCUCUGUGAUUAUUCCCUGUGAUCUAGAAAUAUGUACAUUCAGCCCCCAUAUCUCUUCUAAAUUAUUGUGAGGUUCUUCCUGGCUUUACUUCAUCCUGCCACAUACCAAUAAACUACUGACUUCAAUUGUCCCAUCUGCUUGCUUAUCCAUUGUUUCCCAUCCCUUCAGUUAAUGUCGUCUUUUGUCCUUUCUGUUUAGAGCAGGCUUCCUCAACCUCAGCCCUCCAGAUGUUUUGAGACUACAGUUCCCAUCAUCCCUGACCACUGGUCCUGCUAGCUAGGGAUCAUUGGAGUUGUAGGCCAAAAACAUCUGGAGGGCCGAGGUUGAGGAAGCCUGGUUACCUUAUUGGCCCGAAUAUAAGCCACACCCAAAUAUAAGCCACCCCUUUAAAAUUGGAGGGGGGGGAAUACCCAAAUAUAAGCCACUCCCUUCCUCGCUGCUCCUGGCUACAUACUAGGAGCGGGGGCGGGGAGCCACACGGUGUUGCCAAUGGCCUUUCCCCUUCCUCGCUCUCUUCCCAGCCUUGGGGGAGAGGAUGGGGCACUACGCGUGGGGUGGGCGCCACUUUGCCAUGCUCCUGGCGCUGUUUGCCCUGCGCUCCUGGCUGCAUACAGUAAGGUUGCAAAUAUAAGCUGCACUUUAACUUUUCAUGGUUGGAAUUUGGGGGGAAAGUGUGGCUUAUAUUCAGGCCAAUACAGUAUAUGGAGCCAUGCAAGGCACAUUGGUCCAUCAUACAGGGGCCAGCCCAAGUUAACUUAAGUUAUUUAACCACUGUAAAUUUGGUGUUUUAACACUUCCAUAUGCACACCCAUUAUAUAGCAAUACUACCAGUUGUUGUUGUUUAGUCGUUUAGUCAUGUCCGACUCUUCGUGACCCCAUGGCACUCCUGUCUUUCACUGCGUCCCGCAGUUUGGUCAAACUCAUGUUGGUAGCUUCGAGAACACUGUCCAACCAUCUUGUCCUCUGUCAUCCCCUUCUCCUUGUGCCCUCAGUCUUUCAAUACCAAUUGUAGUUACCCCAUUAGAAUUGUUCGGAGUUUUCCGUAGUUCACUUGGCGCUUUCUGCAGUGGAGUGGGAAUGGAAGGAACUGAGAAACAAAAAUCAUAUAUGACAUAAAAAUGUGGGGGGAAAUGUGAAGUGAACAUUUGUAGCUUUAAAGGUAUUGCAGAAAUGAGACAAGAAUAGCAGGCAUUGGCAGACUGGACUGGAAUCCAACCUGCAUUCCAGUUCUUUACACUAAGUGAAUCCUGAUUGAAAUGACUGAAAUGAGCUGAUUGAAAUGAGCUCUACUGAAAUAGGGUAAGUGUUCUUAGGAGUCCACCUUAAAUGUGAAUUACCAGGAAUGGAACAUUUUCAAAUUCCUAUGAGCCAUCAGCAAAUUUAGGGACUUUUGAGACAUGUUUUAGAACCUAAGUUUAUUUAUUUAUUAGUUCUAGGAGUAAAAUGUUGACACUUGCAGUUUGCCAGUAUUUUAAUUCUUUUGUACAUGCAUGCAUGUGGUAUUUCAGUUCUGUGUUCUGAAUGAAGAUGUAACUAAGUUAGAACAGCUUAUGGUAACAGUAAAUGGCAUGCGUGUAACUCAAUAUUCUGGAUACUUCUGCAACUUACAUUGGCAGUAACAGAUGGCUUCCUUUUUUAAGGUGCCCUAGUUGGAGGCAUUAGAUUGAAAUGAUCUUACAGAAUUGUAGAACAAGAUUUGUUGGGUACAGAAACAGUAGAUCUCUAUUGUUUCAUCCCCUUUCCUGCUGUGCUGCUACUGAAGAACUAUCAAAUGUUAAGUGAUUCUGAAUAUAUUACUGUUUGAGUGACAUGUCGUAUUAUUUCAGUCCUGCAAAGCAUUACAGUAUAUUAAAACUGGAGUGAAUGAAGCCUGGCACUGAACUUUUGUCCAUAGUAAAGUAGCUAGGAAUGGGGUAGAAAUUUGAUUCCGUUCACACAUCCAUCCUUCAAAAUUCACAUCUCUCAAUUUUACAAUAUGAUUACCCAGCCAACUAAUUGUGUACAAAAAUGUAUGUACUAUGGUGCAGUGUAGAUAAAACAAUAUACAGUAAAACAUAAUAUACAGAAAUGUAUUGUAUUGGGAAAAAUGGAUACAAGUGUGUAGAUUAGGAGAAAUUAGCACUAAAAUGCUGAUUAAUUUUCACAAUGAACACAUUUUAAAUCUUGAAUUUAUGUGAAAAUGAGCUGAAUUUAAGAUUGGAAAAAUGAAAAACAAAUCAACAGUCCCUAAACGUAAUGAGUAGCUUAAAUAUAGUUCUGGACCUCACAUGCCAAGUCCUUUAAAAAAAUUCAUUCGUCUCCAGGCAUAAUAAUACUUUGCUGUCUUAGAGAUAACCCAUCUCAAGCCUGGAAUGAACAUUUGCUUUGGGAGACGCACUGUGUGUAUAUGAAUGCCCUGUCCCAGCUGCACACAGGGUCUUCUGGGCAUAUCUAGUCUUGGUGAUAAGCCUUUUCCACCCUAAGGUUCUUCCAUGAGGAACACUGUGGGGAAGGCUAGCAUUUUGUCACUGAGGAACCAACUAUUCCCAUAACACAUUCUGGAUAUGGUCUUAGUCAGACCUGGCUCUUGAGACUAUAACACUGCUUAUUCGCUGUAUAUAUUGAUAAACUGAUAGUACCUUUUGAUCUCCAGAAGUCUCUGCAGGGAAGCAUGGAACUGUAUAUUAGAAUGUGUGUUUUCUUCUCCAUUCUCUUCUUUCCCCAAUAACUCUGUAGUCAAGGGAACCCUGGGUUUUGUCAGUAUAAAUUGCUUUCACAUUGUAUAAUUGCAGUCAGUAUAAUAGCACUGCCUGCUACUGCACAGCUCGCCAACACACACACACACACACACACACACAAACCAGUGAAGGUGAGGAAAAGAGAAGUGGUGGAUGUCAGCAGUGGCAAAGCAGAGCUGGGGUGUAGCUGUUGGAAAGUUGGCAGGGAGGUCAGUGAGCUGGUAUUACACUGUAGUUUGCAGUGCCACCUGUCAGCAGACAUGUAAACUACAUGGUGAUGACACCCUUAACAAUUUUAUUAUAUGUAGUAGGGGACUCUUCCCCCAGACAAGACACUGCUUGCUGAAUUGUCCACCCAAUCAAGAAAGCUUCCCAGCUUCUCCCUUCUCUUCUGUAGACCCAUUUUCAUCUUCAUUCCCAUAUCCAUGCCGCUUUCUCCCCCACCUCCUUUUUUUGAAACCGUUUUUUUUAGGCCAGAAUUGUGAUUCCAGAAUUGGCCUCCACAGUCACUUACGGACUCAUUGUUAAAACCGUGUUUAUGGAAGACAAUCUUACUUGGCUACAAGUGAUUGCCAAGGAAGAAGACACGUAAACCAUCAACAUCCUGCAUAUUCUUCCUCUCACACAGUGUAACUCCUCACCGCCCUUUUACCCUUUGCUGAAUUAUGAAGCCAGUAUCCUCUCCUACUCUACAGCCCUCCUGCUUCAGCAGUUAAUAGUCAGAGCAACCCUGGAAUUGUCCAUUUAAGCUCUCCACCUUGCUUGCCAGGCUCUGGGAAGCAUAGGCUCUGGGAGGCUCCAUCAGGAGACCUUCCCAGAACCUGGUAAGCAAGCCUGAGAGCUCAAAAGCUCUUUCUGUGGGGGAAAACUUGGUGCAUACAGAGCUUUUAAACUGUGCGAUGUCAGCUGGCCAGCCACCAAGAGUGUGUAAAGCUGUGAUCACACAAGUUAAAUGUGCACAUGCUUCAAGUCUACUGUAUGUGGGUGCUAGCUUGUUAAUAAUAACCUGUGUUUUAAAUGACUGAAUUGAAUCUGGAGCGUCAUAUUGAAGACAAUACAUGGUAACAGUAGUAAAAUAAUAUUUGGGGGAACUGAGAAGGAAAAGGGGUGGCAGCUGUAAAGGUUUGAGUAGAGCAAUCAGAGGGGAACAUUGGGAGAAAAAUGUGGUUUAAAACAAGGUUUGAGUACAGCAAGAAGGGAGUUUGUUGUGCUAGCUUUUUGGAGUUGGCUUCUGUAUUGUACCUAUCUCUGCUAUUUCUCCUUGCAAUUUUCUUUUAAAGCACCCCUCAGUGUUCCUCUCUUUCCAGUCUGUUCAAACCCUUCUUGUUGUUUUAAACCACCAUUUCCCUCCUCUCAGCGUUCAUCCCUUCUUCCUCCCAUGUCUCAUCCACUACUGUACAACCUUCCUUCUCUUUUGCGCCCCUUCCCCACCCAGACUUCAUGCAAAUGCAGGCUUGUGAUGUGGCACUACAAAGAUUCCAGCGAGGGCUGUGCAGUGAUGGACAGAGAUAGACAAGCUAGAAUGGAAAUCAUUCAAGGGUGAGGGGAGGCCAAUUAAAGUGGACAUCUUUUGCAUCAGUGUCUAUGUCUUCCUUUCUGUAGCCUGAUGGAAUACUGUAGCUUGUUUUUAAAUUGCCUUACUCACCAGCAUAUCAGAUUACAGUGGUGCCCCGCAAGACGAAUGCCUCGCAAGACGGAAAACUCGCUAGACGAAAGAGUUUUCAGUUUUGGAGGUGCCUCGCAAAACGAAUCUGCUAUGGGCUUGCUUCGCAAGACGAAAAUGUCUUGCGAGUUCCUGGGUUUUUUUUUUCCUUUCCCCUCUCUUUUUCUAAGUCGCUAAGCCGCUUAUCUGCUUAUCCGAUAAGCUGAUAAGCUGCUAAAAGCCGCUAAAAGCCGCUAAAAGCCGCUAAUAGCGCUAAUCCGCUAAUCCCGUCAAUGGGCUUGCUUCGCAAGACGAAAAAACCGCUAGACGAAGAGACUCCCAGAACGGAUUCUUUUUGUCUUGCGAGGCACCACUGUACUUGUAUUGAGGUUCUGAUGACAAUAUGUAAACUUAAAGGAUUUUGUUUAAUUGGUUUUGUUUACUGUAAACACAUUGUAAAAAUUGUCAGUGCUAUAUAAGCCAUUUCAGGCUAAAUGAAUGACCACUGGUUCUAUAUAAUCUGAGUAGCUGACCCACUGUUUUUUGUUGCGAUUCUUUGCAAAGAUAGGAGCGCAUGAGAUAUGAGCAUGCAAUGUGAUUGGCGUUUCUGUUUGGAAACAUUGUGAAGAAGAUUGUGUGGGCUUGUGUGUGCGCGCACACAAACAGUUCAUUUGAUUAACUAAUGGUUUUGUUAUUUAAGGCACUAGCAUUUCUAAGUGGUGUACAUAAAAUACAGGGGGUAAAAGAAAAAAAUCAUCUUAAAAAAACAGAUAUUACCUUAAAAUGCUUCCUGGAAAGGGAAGUCUUUGUCAAGUGCCUGAAGUUAAGGAAGAAGGGUACCUAUCUAAUCUCAGUCGGGAGAGCUUUCCCUAAACUUGGGCCCCACAACAUUAAAUGUAUGUCUUCUGGCAAUUAGGAAUCACACAUCCGAGCCAAGGGUGACCACCAACAGAGACUCCCACUAAGAUCUCAGUGAAUCAGGCAAGAGUAUAAGGGAACAUGUGGUCUUUAUGAUAUCAUGGAUCCAAGUUGUUUAGGGUCUAGUAACAUAUGGGCAGCUAGUGCAAGCUUUUAUUCACCACAGUUAUGUGCUGGCAGUAAUCUAUCCCCAUCAACUGUCUUGUACCAGCUGCAACAACUGAACCAGGUGCAAGGAUCCAGGUGCAAGGGUAGCCAGACACAUAGAACACAUUGUAAUAAUUCAGUCUUGAGAUUACUAGUGCCUGAAUCAUCAUGGCCUGACCAAGAAUGGCCAUAGCUUGUAAAAGGUGCUGCUAGCCCUGGAGCAUGGUUCCAGGAGCAUUCCCAAAGUAUGAAGCUGUUACUUCAGAGGGUUAUUAAACCCUAUCAAGGAUGGGCAAAAUUCCUGGACAUGGGACACACACAUCCUGGGGCCUCCACCUUCUCAUGCUUAAAACUCAGUUUAUUAGUCCUCAUCCAUUCCACAACUGCAUCCAGACAUCCUUCUAUCUAGACCAUGCCCAGUCUCUUCUGACUCAGAUGUUUUGAAGAAAUUAGCUGUAUAUCAUCCAUGUUAACCUCAAGCAGCAGGGGUUGGUGGAGAUGCUGACCAAGGUUUCAGAUAUUUUAAAAAACCUAUUCUACUUUGCAUAAUAUAUACAAGUGGUAUAAUUCUUCUUUUCUUGAUGAACACACAGCAAGGUAACCUGAACUGAACUUGAUUCUGUAUUUGAGGCAUCUGAGAGUUCUUCUGUCCAUACACAGAUUCCUAAUGGUGUCAUGUGAUGAGGAUGCAAAUUACCUUGAAUGCAGGAAUGCAUAUGACACCCCUUUAGUAUCAAGAGCACAAACAAUCCCAGAUGAAUAUUAAAAGACCCAUAUCACUGUCUAAUUCUGAAGACUGUUGUGUGUAAAAUAUUCAUACUGCGCAUGUUGGAUGAAUAAAACCUUGUUUUAAAAGUGUUUAAUUCCAAAGGAGAAAAUUCUUUAUAUGGGGUUUUUCCCCGGUGUUCCCCAAUUUUUCCAGAUUUUCUAAUGGGGAAAAAAUGAUUUUUUUCCAAUCCUUCACAUUUCUUGUGAAGAGCUGAAAACUAUUGUGUUGCACUUCCUUCUUCAAAAGUGGAUCUACUUUAUUAACAGGAAAAGAGUUGGUCGUCGUUCCCUCCCCUCACAUGUUUUACUACACAGGAAUCAGUUUGUCAAACUGGUUUCCUAUUGUGGGUCUGGGAGGUGAGAGUGAUGCUGGUGAUAAUCUCUGGCCAAGAUUUAAUAAUGUCUGGAAAGGGGGGGGGAGCCCCACUUCUGAAACCUUGAUAUAAAUUGCUUUCCUUUCCUGGCCAGUGCAGAAUUUAGGGUGGUUCAGUUUGUCUCUAAGGUUCUCUACACACUUCAGAGUGCAAAACCUGUACAUUCAGGACAAUCUCCCCUUCGUUCUUCAACUUACAUGUGUGUACUGUAAUGAGACGCACAUGAGCAAGGCCUUCCUCAGCAGCAUUGGGUAGCCUCUUCAUUGGUUUACUGGGGAGAGGCUUCAGAUGUCACCCACCCUAAACUGUGUUUCCUCCCUUCUCUGAUAACUGAGAGACUCACUGCUUGUGUGCAAACAUGAAUUAAACCAGCAGUAUCAAUUAAUCACUCUUCCAUCACCAGUAUCUUGCUCAGUUGAACAGAGAUGAUUCAUUCCCGAAAACAAAAUGUUAAUCUUUGACGAUGAAUUUAUCCAUUUAUCAGAGGAGUAUCUUUCAAAAUAUGUUCAUUGUAAUCUCUGACUCAGGACAUACUAACUUACGCAAACUUUAAAAUCAUGAAUACUAAUAACCUGGUAGGUGAUGUCUUGUGAUGUUACCUCUUAGCAAAGAGAAAUGGCUUUGCUGUGGACACACACGUGUUUCAGGCCAGAGGUUAAGUUUCUAGCUCAAUAUCUCUCUGGAAUAUUUGUGGGAGCCAUUCAGAUGGACCACAUGGACUUGCACAGUUAGGCAUCUUGACACACGCACAAUCUAACACACAAGGCAUUAUUAAACCUGGCCAGUGUUGUGUUCUAUUAACUGGAGCACAUGUGGGAGAAUAAAAAGUUUUGCAAUGAGAGCCGUAGCUAGGUGAUGUUGUGCCCCUGGCAGAACCGUCCAGAUUGCGCCCCCCUAGCCAUAGACAAAUAGCUCUUCUUUCUUCCUCUCCUCCAAACUCCAACCCCACCCAUUCAAUUCACCCUCUAUUUAAAACCUUUUCUUAUGAGGCAAUAAUGGAUAUUUUACUUGACAUAUUUAUGGACAUAUUUUUGCCGAUUUUGCGAUUUUGGCCCUCCUCACCACCCUUCCCCUAGCUACGGCCCUGUUUGCAAUAGACAAUGCAAAGCUUGUGUAUUCAGGUUGGUAGCUGGAAGCAUGUAGAAUACUCUGCAAGUCAAUAAAUUCCUGGCCUAACAUGGUGCUAUAUAUGUCAACUACAUAUUUAUUUACACCGUUCGUGGCAUGCCAUUCUAUCCAUUUGAGACACUCACUGUGGCUUGCAGUCCUAAUUAUAAAACGUUAUUUGCAUUAAGGUGACUGCUUCAGGCUCAGGUUAAUGGGGCCGCAUCCUGUGGAUCCAGAGGAUGGUGCAAUCAGUUUUUCCUGUUUAGUUGUUUGUGGACAAGACCUGAGGAAGUAGUCAGCCCUGAUCAGAUAUGUCGGCAUGUUGUGAUGCCAGUGUUGCUUACCUGGAAGAUAUGAACAGCAUUCAUAUAUAUAACAGCUCUAAUGACAAGUUAAUAAGGUUGAGCAACUAGAUGUGCCAUUGUUACUUUUCUGGUAGCAUAUAGUCCUUGUACUCCUUCGUGUUGCUAGCAGUUACCUAACAAAACAAGUAUAAAAAUGGCAGUUCUGAUAAUAGAUAUACAAACCCCUCGCCUUGGUUUAAUGGUCAGUAUUGUGUGUUGUGAAUAUUUUUGUGAAUUUCUUGCAGGAUGGUGAGCUGAUACAGACGCUAUGCCUGGUAUGACUUUGGUGGGGGGAAUUGUUCUCAUGAGUGCUCUAUGGUUCCCCUUCUGUGAAAUUAGAAACCACAACCAGCAAUUCCACAUACCCCGCCCCAAUAUUAAUGCUUACUUCAUGGCUCCCAUGUUGUGCUACUCAGGAGCAGGGAUUUUUAGAGGCCAGGCCUGUGGUGACACAACUGACCUUUUAAUCCACUUGACUGUUUCUGAAAUGAUUGGCUUGCUUUCAUAAUAAUAUGCUUACAAAAUGAGGUACAAGAAGCAUUUUUUAAAAAUAAAUUUAAAGCUCUUCUAUCUCUGCUCAUCACACACACACACACACACACACACACACACACACAACCAAUUCCAGAGUGGAUGACAACUAAAAUUUUUAUAUAUGUACAGCAGGAAAUUGCAACCAAAUAAUAAAGCACAACAAUUAAAUUUGACAUUAAACUUCAGUCAAUGCCUGUGUAAAUAGGCAGGUCUUUUAACAGAUGCCAAAAGCUGCCAUUUGUUCUAAUUGUACCUCAGGAGUUUUAAAGCAGGGGUGCCACCACUGAAAGGUUUGAUCUUGAUUCUAACAUCGCAUUAUAUUCUAGUGCUUUGUAGUAUUUUAAACAGGCUCUUAUCCUCCUGGCAUAGGCCAUCUGAAUUGUAUAUGUUUCAGUAAAUGUGGGUUGAGUACCGGUAUAUUAUUGCAUAAGCAUGUACAAAGAGUGGGGAAAUGCAUAAUGAAAAUGUGGACUUGCAUGUGCCCAGUGUAAGCGUCAAGGGGGAAAAAUCUGUAUUUGGCCAGGGCUGUGUGAUAGAUGUAUGCUCACUUGGCGAGACCUAUCUCUGUGUUGCAUAAUAAUAUUCUAAAAUAUGGUUUGAGGUAUGCCUCAGUCUUGUGUGGAUAUUCCAUGCCAUUAUUUGUGAUCACUGCUAAAGCUGGCAGAUGCAAGAGUCAUGGAAAGUCAACUGUCAAGAAGCUUUGGAGCAGGGUCAGCCUCCAAUCUGUGCAGUUUUAGGAGAAUUCAUGAGAGGGGAAGGGGAUUUGUUUGCUGCCGUGUAUUCUAUCCAGGACGGGGGCUUCUGUCAAUGAGCCUGGAGGCUUAGUCUCAUCUGACCACCGCAUUUGUAGAGCCCUUGAUCAAAGGAAGCAUUUGUGCAGGGGGCCACUACAGUCAGGACUGCUAAAAUUCCCUGGGUACCAGAACCAAAGUUCCUAGGCACCUGCGCCUUUGAGCCAUUCGGCAGCACUGGUUGUGUACAUUCAUUAGUGCUGGUCUUACGACUCAAACUAGUGCUGCAAGAGCCGCUACACUUUUGGAAUUUGUACUUGAUCUGGGGUGGCUUAGUGCCAAUUCAGAUGUAUGCACUGCUGCGGGAAGCCAUUAUUCCAAGCAUCCAAUGAGAAGGUCCAGCAUUAGGGGUACUGUAAACAUAUUUAGAAUUCAAAGGAAUUGCUGCCAACGGUUGAAUACUGUGCAUAACCAAAUGUUAAAACUCCAUAUUCCUUUGCAAAGUUGUCUAUUAUUGUCCCAAAUUGUUCUUAGAAUGAAGAAUAGGGAAUGGAAUGGGAGAGUAAAAGCAGGUCGUUUCUGUAGCUGAUCUACUACAGCAAGGAUUAUCCUCUAUUUGGAGGUGUCAGACCAGUCCUUGGAGGCAUUGAUAGGCUGGAUGUGGGCCAAUACAUUGAGGUUAUAUCCUGUAUAGCCAAGUAUGUCUUGAAGUUGCACGUCUGGGAGGUGGGGAGAUUGCCAGUCCUGGACAGGGUUGCACUUGCCUGGAAGGAACAGGUCUGCAGCAGGGGAGUGCUCCUGAGUUUAGCUGGAGACUCAGGUGUCCUUUAUAUUGAGAUGGUGGAUUUAGGAUGCUUUGAUCAGAACCACUUUAGCUACUAUGCAAGUCCUGAACAUUUUAAAUCUGUUGGCUAUAACAGCUUAUGCAGGCAGAAGAUGUGAUGUCAUUCUCACUGAUAUUAACUCUCCAAGUGUACUUUGCGAAGUUUGACAUCAUAAAGAGCUUCGGGUAGCAGCUUGAACAGUGCUUUAAAUGUAAUAUUUGUAUACUAUACAGAGUUUGAAUCGUGUAGAUUGGUAAAGGGUGUGUAGAGGAGUUUUCAUUGGUGGCCAUUCUGGAAGCUAACUUAAAAUUUACAUUUUUAUGGUUUUGAGUAGCUUGAAGCUGAAUUGCUAUUGUGUUGUAAAAGUUGGGUAUUACAGAGAUUAUGUUUUAACAGUGAAAGUUUCGAAUUGUGUUGCUACCUCCUUUUAGAUCUUCACUUUUUUAUCUGAAAGAAGGCUUUCCUCCCAUUCAUCACCAUAACAUUUUGUUUUCUAACUUACACAGCCUUAACUUUUUAAGGUCUUCCUUUUUAAAAAAGGAAAAGAGGAAUAUUCUUGAAGCUUAGUUUGCAAUGUAUUUCAGAGAAGGCUGAAAAUGUAACUAGAAUUAGGAGUUUAUAAAGUUUAUAAUCUGAAAUUAGCUGUGUUAAAUCUCUAGUAGCAAGUUCUGUAAACUAACGAGUCUUAACAUCUGUAGAACCCCUAUUGCUGAGUCAGCUUUGCCAUAUUUUCCAUAUGUCUGACAAGGUAUAGGUAGAAUUUGCAAGAUAUUUAGUCAGUGAAUUCCAUACAUUCCUCAGGCAAUAGUCAUCUCCCACUUUUGGUUCCCAGCAAUUCAAAGACAUUCCUUAUCUGAACCUGGUAGCCAUCAUGAUGUGUAGCCAUUUAUACUUGAGACUGAGGCCCACCUCCAUGCAAGUGUAUGGAGGGUAUCCUUUUUCUGGAAGCUAUCAUGAAAAAAGACUGCAGGGAGGAUUCUGUUAAUGCUCAUUUGGGGGCGUGGUAAAAAGAGUUCUGUUUUAGCAGGAGUAGCCAACAUAUAGUCCCAUGAUCAAGGAUGAUGGCUUUGUAGUCUGUAAAAUCUGGAGGGCACCAAGUUUGUGGCCACUCCUCUGGACUGCAUUGCAUGAUAUGAGGAACACAAUGAGUUCUAGAGGUCUCUUUGAUUCUGUAUAGGUCCUGUUCAAAAUGGGCCUCCAAAUAAGAUUUAAUAGGAAGGAAUCCAAUAUGGGAUGGUCUGCUCACUGGUGCAUUCUACUACCACAUGGCAGUGGGACUACAGCUGUGUUAUAUAUGUACAUAUAUAAAAACCCUUUAUUUUGUGACUUACAGGAAUGGGAAGGAAAGUCAGCGUCGUUUCUGUUUAAAAAAAUAAGCUAGUUGAAACAGCCAUUCACCAAAAUUGUUCUCCAUUCACCAAAAUUAUUUGCAGUGCAGUUCUCCAGCCAAGUAAUAUGUACAAAAAUGCAUAUUUUAGGGAACAUACAAAAAGGUGUUAUAUGGGGGGCGGGGUUUAAAGCAAAACUAGGCUUUAUUUCACCCAGGUCAAAGACCCAGUUGUCACCCCCAAAGUGCAUUUGCGCGCGUGCACACACACACACACACAGGCUGAAAGCUUCAAUGGCGCCCCUCUGGAGGCUUCACCUGGGUCAAAAAACAGCUAGCCCCCCUGUAGCUACAGCUUGGGGAGGGGUAGCUUUGCAAAGAAUGUGUGUUACAAAUUCACACUAAAAUGCUGGUGGGAAAAAAAAUAAACUGAUGUGGAAAACUGAAUUUAAGAUUGAAAUAAUGAGCAGCAAAAACAAACAGAUGUAUCCAUCCCUUAGUGACUUACCUCACCUACUUGAGUUGUCUGCUUCAGAUUAUUUGUACUUGUGACACAGCUGUCUCCGAUUGUAUUGGGUCUGUAGUGGCCCGAGAUCAUUUGUGAAUGGCAUUGCUUGGCAGCAGGAGCUUAUGGGCACAUGUAGUGACUUCUGUGGGGGUUUUCCCUGGCGGCCCCCUUCCUCCUCAGCCACUACUUUUCAAAAAAGACAAGCAUAUGCAAAGCUAUGAAGUCCACCCAGCUUAGAUGCUGCCCUGACUUGAUAUUCCCCGCUUUUGUACAGGGCUAGGGAUGUGUGCGUGCGAAUUCAGUAUUGAUAGUGCUCAGCACCACGUACACAAACAGAUUUGCGAAGUGCCCGUUUUGGUAAACUCUGGUAAUGCAGUAAAAGAAGAAGCUUAAUGUUAAGGUAUUUUUAAAACAAAACAAAACAAACCUACUUGCCAUUUAUUCUUGGUAAUAUUCAUCUGAUGUGGCAUUUUCCUCUGGCCACCAGUAUGAUCGCCUUCUGCAUAUUGUCACUGCUGUCAUGCUUGGUAGAAUUCAAAAUGGGUAGAAUUCCCAUUUCCAGGCAGCAACAUCCUUUUCCAAUGCAGGGAAGCAUGAGGUGACCCAAGCUUCUCCUUCUUUGCAUGGAAGCAAAAAUAAAACUCGGAGCAAUAGUUUAACUCCACCUCUGUGUCAGCUGCAAAAAUAAUAACAGUUGUGAAUUAAAUUUACUUUUCACAUCUUCAUAAAUACUGGUGGGAGAAUAAAUGUGAAUGCAUCUGUCUCCUCAGUAACUUUGUAAUAAGCCUUGGGAGGCAACAACAUUGGGUUGAAGUUGUACAUUUGUAUAGAUCUUAUUGCUGUUUCAAAUGAAAAAGCAGCCUUGAUGCCUCACCAUGACCUUGUCAGUCAGAACCACUUAAAAACGUGAUGUUUCUGUCUGUUCAGACUUCAGUGUCAUGCUUUAAGUUAAAGUUCUAUGAUGGAGGAACCUUUCCUGGACUUGGAAAACAACUUGUCCAUGGCACACUGAACUGUUACCUCUGUGAAGCGAGGUUCCUCAUUAAAAAAAUACCAGAUAUUUAUAGUGAAACCUGAGAAGGCUGGUUGUUAGUGUGUGAGGCAGGGAGGAUUUAGUAACCAGUACAAUCUGUGGCAUCUUAAAUUAGCUCAGCCAACUACUCCGGACGGCCGCCAGUUGCCUGCACCCGUUCCAUUCUUCCUCCCCACCCCCAUGCUACUAUAACAGUUAUGCCAAACUCCACAGCAGGAGAGGGAAGGGACAAAUAAAACCGCAUGUACUUCCCUCAUAGUGCUGCCUUGUUUAUAACUCUUCGCCCUCCUUUAGGGUUGUUGGCUCUGAAGCGAGAAAGACCAAGGAGAACCAUGUGUGUACAGUCAUACCUCGGGUUAAAUGUACUUCACGUUGAGUGUUUUCAGGUUACGCUCCACGGCGACCCGGAAGUAAUGGAGUGCUUUACUUCCGGGUUUCGCCGCAUGCGCAGACGCUCAAAAUGACGUCACGCGCAUGCGCGGAAGCGGUAAAUCAUGACACACGCAGACGCAGGUUGCGUUCGCUUCAGGAUGUGAACGGGGCUCCAGAACGGAUCCCAUUCACAUCCAGAGGUACCACUGUACUUUCAUAGAGCUGCCCUGCUUCAGAUGGAGCUAUGUAGUGAUCUAACCUGCUGAGGCAGCCUGCUGUUCUCAACAAGCCUGUCACAAAUAAGUAUGUAGUGUGCUGCUAAAGGACAUACGCGGGUUUUUGUUUGUAUAUUUAUACCCCACCUCCUCCAAGGAGGUUCAAGAUUGCAUACACCGUUCUCCCUCCCUUCAUUUAAUCCCAACAACAACAACGUUUUGAGGCAGGUUAGGUUGGGAGGCUCAGUGACUGGCUCAGUGUCGCCCAGUGAGUUUCAUGGCUGAGUUGGGGGAGGGACUUGAACUCUGGUCUUCCAAGUCCUAGUCAGACACUCUCAGUUAGGGUGGUCCAGCUUUUCAUACCAAGUGGGCUACAGUAGACACAGAACCUGUAGGCCACACAAUGCUUUGUCAUCCAGGGGGGAGUGAAGGCUAAAUUUGAUGCCCUCCCUAGACCUUUCACUUCCUUUCCAGAGGGCUUUCCUAGAGCCUUCCCAUCUCUUUCCCAAAGCUGGGAAAGUGCUAACUAGGCUUUUGGAAGGACUCUGUCAGAGCCCUCAUAUCUCCUUCCCAAUGCCCAGCACCUCGCUUACCCAGGUAGAUCACCAGUAGAUCUGUGGUAGAUCACCAGUAGAUCACUGCCCCCCCAAGAAGCUCAUCAACUUUUGCUCCCCUAAAAAAGCUUAAAAACUUUGACCUGAACUCCUAAAAACAGGGGUUUCCAUCCUAUUUGAUGCAGUACUUCUGAAUGUUCAACAUGCUUCACAUAUCUUGAUUGUUAUGGACACCCUGUAAAGUAGAUCAGCGUUACAUUGGUUAUAGGUGUAUGAGGUUGGGAGUGGCUGGCCUUGGAAAGCAGAGGGAAGAAUGGGGGACAUGCCAGCAAUUGGGAGCCAAUUUUAACAAAUCUGGGCUGGGCAACCAGUAUUGCUCCUUGUUCGUUUCCUGCCUGCUAGUCCUUAAUCAGGCAUCUCCAAACUUGGCCCUCGAGAUGUUUUUGGGACUACAACUCCCAUCAUCCCUAGCUAAUAGGACCCAGUGGUCAUGGAUGAUGGGAAUUGUAGUCCCAAAAAUCUGGAGGGCCAAGUUUGGGGAUGCCUGUCCUUAAUAUUCACUUGCUAGUUAUUCACCUCUGGAGCCAUUGGCAAUGACCAGCCAGAGCAGCAGCCUUCACCCAAGCUGCAUUGCACCAAUGCUAAAACAGUGUCAGAGUCAGCCUGAUAGUGCAUAUACCUGCCGACAGGAUCAGCACAGGUGACUAUUGAAGCAGAUGUGCACUCAGGAGGGCCAUCACUCAAUGGCGUAGUAUCUGCUAUCAUGCAGAAGAUUCCAGGUUCAGUCUCCAGCACCUCCUGUCUGAAACUCUGGAGAGCCUCUGCCAGGCAUUGCAGGCGAUACUGAGCUCUGAUUAGUCUGAUGUUGGUGCAAGGCAAUUCCCUCUGUUUCUGCACUUUGAUAGGGAACAGGGGGCCCAUCGCAGCUGCAGUUCUGGAAGUCUCAACAGCCGUGUUUCAGCGGAUCCACUGGUGUAUUUCACUUGAAGCUUUGAUAGGAUUCUGGGCCACACUGUAUGGUGUGUUCAAAGUGGGUGCCCUUGAUGGAGUAACGUCACAGACAUAAAGUGUACUAGGAAGCGGUAUGUAACACUCUCAAUCUCAUCCUCUAAAUGACGUCUCAGGGCAGGGAUUAGUGAUUACCUGGAAAAAUAAAGCAAAUUUUGCUGCUUCCCAGGUGAAGCCGAUAUUGCUUUGGCGUUACUAAUAGAGAAGUAUUUAUGCAGACAUUACUGUUUUUCCUGACACUAUGAUGUGCUGAUCAAGGUUGGAUGCUAGUCAUUAAUGGGUGGAAUCAGGGAUGUAGGCUGGAAAAAAAAUACAUUUUUCAGGGGGAAAUUUAUAACAAUGCUUCUUCAUAAACGAAUGGCUGGUUGCAGUACCAGUCAAAUCGUGCGGUUUUCACACAGGCUUGCAGAUUAUCCCUAUGUAGCACACAGGUGUUGUUUUUUAGUUGUGCUUAAAUGUAUACUAACAUACCCCAAAAGUUAUGCAUGAUGUAUCUGUUUUCUAUGCAUUUGUUUUGCUUAAAUUUUAAGCAGUGCAGGGAAGUAUAUACAUUGCUGCUGCUGCAUUUGUCUUGUGUCUUUAAAAAGAUACAUAUUAGCUUUUAGUUUGUUUGAAUAUAGCAUUUAAACCACUGUAAGUGCACUUAAUUGAUUUUUUUUUAUCACAUACUUUAGUUCAGCUCCUCUCAGCAUUUUGAACAUUUUUAUGGAUUUAUACAGUGCAUAGAUUGAACAUGGUGUACUUUAAACAAAAUUAGUAUUGGGGGUUUGGAAAACCUAUGGGUUCAGUUUUUUAAAGAGAAAAAAAUCACUGGGAAAAUCAAUCCAAAAUGGCCUAGCAUUCCAACCCUUUUGUUAUAGGUACCAUCAAACUUUUAGACACUAUGAUUGAUUCUGAUACCUUGGGAUCUGAUCAGAAAGGACUUGAGAGCCUGCAGUGUGCAGUCUCUUGCCUUUGUAAACUAAAAAGCCAGUGUUUCUGUAGGGGGGGUCAGCCUGCAACUGUAAUUGCCUUUUAAUGCCUAUGCUGGCUGAAAACCUUUGUUUUUAACUUUUUCUGUUUUUACUGUAUGGUUUUAUGCAUUUUGUUAUAAACCGCUCUUAUACUUUUCAUGAAAAAGCGGUCUAUAAUUUUUUUUAAGAAAUAAAAUGAAUGAAUAACGCAGUGUUUCAUUUCUGGAGAGCAUAUCUGCUUUACUGAAUUCAUCCUGAUCUACUUGUUCCUAGUGAACUUUCGGUUAAUGAACUUUCAGAAGAAUACCUGGGCCUAGUUCCCUUUUAUGCAUACCAUGUGUGUAUAAGGAGAUUGCUCUUGAAGUCUGAACCCUGAUGAAAACUAUCUAAAAUUGCUUGACAGCCAAGAAUGCAUUUAUUUGUUCUGGAGUUGUCCUCCAGGUAACAGCUUAACAUAUUUGUAUAUACAAAGAGCAAAUAUUAAAAUACUCAACAGGCACUGUAAAGUGAAAUGAAGUGCUAGCUCCUUUGAAAUCCAAUAGGCUCACAAUAGCCAAAUCUCUGCGUUAAGGUAGCUGGAGCAUAAAAAGAAGUUCUGAUAUGAUUUGGGGGAAACUUCAAGACUGAACAAGACACCAUAGUUUACUUAAGCAGAACAGUCCUCAGUGAAUAAACCAGGCUUUGGGUCAUAUGUCUUCAUUUUAUAAGCAUGUGUUGUGUUGUGUUGUGUUGUGUUGUGUUGUGUUGUGUUGUGUUGUGUUGUGCUUACAUGCUCUGGGAAUGCUUUUAUAUAUUCCCAGUUCGAGAAAUAUGUAACUCAGCUGUGUGCUUUUCUAGUAUAGCACAAGAUUGUUAAUGCCAGUCUUGCUGGAAAAUGCUCAUCAAAUUGAUCAGGUGUUGUAAAAUGUUUUUCUGUUUUAACAGUUGACAGUGCAUAUAUGCUUUCGGGGGGGGCAUUGUUUACUGUGCGCAGAACAUUUUUCAGUGAGUUAUGCAUGUGCUGUUGCAAUGCACAUUAUGUUGUAUGAGCACCAUGUUUUGAAGCAAACACUCUUUUGCCCCACAGAAGCAGUGGUUGCUAGAACUAAAGCUAAUAAUAUAUUUUUAGUUUUGCAAAUGGAAUUUUCUAAUAUUUUGAAUAAACUCAUACAGUAUUCAGCUACGCUUGCCAACAAAAAGAUAUUCUAAAUGUUAGCCUCUUAAAUGUUCAGCCUUAAAUUAAAAGUGUUUAAAUAGUUUUCCUAAAUCAACCUUCCUCCCCCGCACCCCAGAAAUAAAAAUGUUGGAAUCCACUCUAUUAUAUUGUUGCACAGAGACAUGUGCGCACCUGCUAUUUUCAACAGAGUCAAAGCAUGAAAAAUUGGGGCUCAUGUCUAUCCACACUGUCUCCCAGUUUGAUUUUGGCUUGGACGCUAACUCUUAAACUGGUUUAUCCCCUCUGAUUCAUAACAUUCCAUCAUUAAAAUUUUUAUUGCACCAACUAAGACAAUCGUGAAUAUGUAACUCAGAUAUUACACAUGUUACAUUCUCAUAUCCGGUCAUGUUUGACUACUGAGGACACAGAAUAUGAGUGGCUUCAGACGUUGAACAAUUGAGGGAAACGGAAAGUGCAAAUGAACUUGUGCUUCCUGUUUUUAUGCUUCUGUUUUAACAUGUAAAGCAGGGGUUCAUUCAUAUCUUCCUCAUGAAAGUGCAUGUUCCCUCUUCAUUUGGAGCUCUCACUUGAUCCCAUAGGGGAAGAGGUGCUGAUUCCACUUCAGAAGUUACACAGAAUUAUGGAAAAACAGAAAGCAAAGCUGGACUCCAGACAGUCCAAAGGAACGAGGAAAGGACCAGUUACAAGUAUACUCUGAGGAGUAAUGCAAUCCGCCCAGACAUUUCUGACCCAAACCCUGGUCACUCAAUUUAUUUGAAACAAAACUUUAGCCCAAAACAUGUACUAAAUUCUACAUUUCCCUCCUUCUGUCCUCCUCCUGUAGGAAAAGAAAGUGCUUCCUUCUUCUAGGAAAGAUAGGUGCUGGUACUCACCAUGAAGUUGUUACAAUAAGUGCCACAUUUUUAAACGACAAAAAGUGGUGCCGGUACUGCGUACCCUUGAAUACCCCCUUUUUAAAAAAAGCACAGCCUAGGAUCAAGGUAAACGCAGAAACCUGAUAGAGCAGGUCUCCAUUUCUAUACGGUUGUCCCCAAACAAAUCUUCUGAGCACUUGUUACAUAAUGCCUUACUUUGCAUGGUUGCCAGCUUUGGUGUGGGGAUAGGGUUCAGUUUGGGUUCAAGGGGAGCAGGUUUAAAGUUAGACUGAGUUCCGGUUUACUGUAUCUCUGACCUAGCUUUUGAGUUCAACUUUGUGAUUACAAGAAGGAACCUAAUUCCAUGCACUCGAUCUUCUCUCUCUCUCUCUCUCUCUCUCUCUCUCUCUCUCUCUGGUUUUCUCCCUUUGCACCAGCUGGGAGGGAUUGCUGCUCGCAGGAUCUGUCCAAAUAGCACAGCAACCCAGGUGCUAAACCAGCUAUGGCCAUGUCAGCCGUGAUAUUAAUACCCCAUUCCGGGAAAGAGGCAACACAGAAGCGAUUAGGAGUUAUGGCAUUUAUUUAUUUAUAUUGCCUUCAAGCAGUAUAUAAUGAUAUCAUGCUUGGUAGUGUCUUAGAUCCUCCUUAGAAACACCUUUCACGCGAAUACCAGUGGCACCAUUGAGAUAAAUACCUUGCUUGAGGCUGCUGUCACUCAAGGAAACUGUUACGCUAAAACUCCUAGGUCCCAAUAUGUGUGAAGACUUUCUUAUGAGCAACUUUGAAAUGACUUCACGUGGAUAAUUCAUGCCGUGAAUGAAUAGUUGUGUGCAUUAAUUAUUGGCAAAACCGAAUAUUUGCAUUAUUUGUGUUUAUCUAGUGUGAAAAGGAGAGACAUGUUGUUAGAAAUUCUCCAUUAUUCUUUAUGGAACCUGCCACUUUUUAAUCCACAAUGCCCCCAAGAUGAUACUUGGUCUGGGACAUUAUGAAGGAUAGAAAAUGUAGGCCCAAUUACCAACACAAUUCCUGCAAUGGCAGCAAAAAGUAAAACAUUGGGAAGGAAGCAAGGGUUGUGCUGAUGUCACUAAUAAUGGUGAACCUCACCCCUAAGAAAUUCUAUCUGGUGAAUAUUUAGCAAAAUGAUCCCCCACAAAUUGGGUGAAGAUUUUGGGAGGCCGUAUUUGCUCAGCUUCCCUCCCACUUUUCAUUGAGAAGAGCUCAAUUAACAACAUAUAUGGGCUUCCAAUGUAGCAUAUCCUGGCCAUGACCAGCCCACCUAGACAUGGUAAAGGCAAAGGACCCCUGGACGGUUAAGUCCAGUCAAACUUGACUAUGAGAUGUGGCACUCAUCUUGCUUCAGGCUGAGGGAGCCGGCGUUUGUCCAUAGACAGUUUUCCAGGUCAUGUGGCCAGCAUAACUAAACCGCUUCUGGUGCAGUGGGACACCAUGAUGAGUGCCAGAGCGCACGGAAACGCUGUUUACCUUCCAGCCGCAGCGGUACCUAUUUAUCUACUUGCACUGGUGUUCUUUCAAACUGCUAGGUUGGCAGGAGCUGGGACAGAGCAACUCGAACUGCCAACCUUACAAUCUGCAAGCCCAAGAGGCUCAGUGGUUUGGACCACAGCGCCACCCGCAUCCCCCCCCCCCCAGCAAGGUUGAAACAAGUGGUAUGGGCUUUAUGGGAAAUUUUGAAUUGGGAAAUUUUCUGUUUCAGGUCAGAAAGUGGCUGACCUGUGGCUCUCCAGAUGUUGGUGGACAACUCCCAUAAUCUGUCACCAAUAACAUCUGGAUGGUCACAGGUUAGCCAUAAUAAUAAUAAUAAUAAUAAUAAUAAUAAUAAAUUUAAUUUAAUUUAUUUGUACCCUGCUCAUCUGACCCCAUCAAGGUAUUAUCUCCUACAUGGUUGCAGUGUUAAAUAGCUUUCCUUUAAUAGAGUCUUUUUGACCAUAUGGGACUUGGGUUUCUAACGUACAAUAAAUUUGGUUACUACACAUAUCAAUACUUAAGUGUAACUGUAAAACUUGCUUUACAGUACGUGAGAUUCUCGAUGAUUGCCUUUUGAAGCUUUCCUUGCACAAAUGACUUGUAUGUUGUUGGAAGAAGCAAAAUAACAUUUGUGAAAACAAUAGAUGCUUCUACCAAAUCAGAUUCCUGCCACGCUCAGAAUUAUAAUUUAUUUUGUUCCUCUCCAGUAAUUAAUUUGUGUUUUUGUUUCAGAGAUCGUUCACGUUAAUAAUAGAAGCCUGGGAUUGGGAUAAUGAGACAAAAGCUGGUGAGUAUAUCAUUAAAACUUUAACAUUAUGAAACAGAAAAAAGUAGGAAAAACUGCUGCCUGCCAUUUUUAAAAAGCUUGGGGUGGCCAGUUAAAUAGCAUGUGAAAUGAGGGUGUCAUUACAGAUUAAACUACAGCACUUAUGAAUGCAUCAAUAUACUUCCACUAUAACCUGGAAAUGUGUUCUCUAACACAUUUGCAAGGGGUUGGACUAGAUGACCCUUGGGGUCCCUUCCAACUCUACGAUUUUAUGACUCUUCGAUUCUAAGAGCCAGUGUUCGAAACUCCCAUUGUUCUAGGCACAUUUUACCUCAGGGAAUUUCAUUAGCUUCUGAGCUCUGGGCAGUACAGCGCCUAAGUUUUCAGAUUAAAACUGCAGAGUGGAAGGAAAGAAGGACCUUUUUCUGCCUCCCCACUUCCAGCUACUGUCUGAAGACUAGAGAAGAGACUCUCUUAAGAAUAUUGGAGGGGUGGACAGGGGAAGGACUAGACCAUAUGAAAAAUGAACAUAAUAUUUUAGCUGCAGUUCAUUCAUUUUCAGCUUUGUAUUCUUGUUAUUAAAGAAGCGCGCCUAGACAUUCCAUUGUUGCACCCAUAACCUGGGCUCUAGCUUUCAUAUCUCAGUUUCUAACACUGCGAAGAGCAGCUGUUGCUCUCAAGCUUGCAGCUUGGUGGAUAAUGAGAAUAUCAUUUUGUGUGGGGCUGAUUAUUUGCCUAAUUUUUGUAAUUGAAAGUUAUGCUGGGAAUACUGGUUGGGGCUGAAGACAAGGUGUCAGUUAACGCAUGCUUUGUUGUCUUUAGAUUUAUUCAGUCUGGCCUUUAUUGUAUAAUCAAUGUAUGAUCCCAUAAAUGCGUGGAGAAACAAAAGUAGAUUCUGAAACAUCCUUUAGGCCACUGACAGCACUUUCCCCUGGUGCUUUGGUUAUGGGCCUCACUGCAUUGGAUUCAUUAUCUGUUGGACAUAUACCUAGAGGCAUUUGGGACUCAUAACAUCUUCUGUGAAUCAACACUAGCAACACCUUCAAAUCUCUGAAAAUAGGAAAAUUGCCGAGAGGUGUUUUUCCUUAAAUUCUUCGUUGCCUGCUAAAGUUAUGGCUCAGGACAAGGAAAAUCUGGUUGAUGCAUAGGUAAAGGUAAAGGGACCCCUGACCAUUAGGUCCAGUCGGGGCCGACUCUGGGGUUGCGGCGCUCAUCUCGCUUUAUUGGCCGAGGGAGCCAGUGUACAGCUUCCGGGUCAUGUGGCCAGCAUGACUAAGCCGCUUCUGGUGAACCAGAGCAGUGCAUGGAAAUGCCGUUUACCUUCCCGCUGGAGCAGUACCUAUUUAUCUACUUGCACUUUGAUGUGCUUUCGAACUGCUAGGUUGGCAGGAGCAGGGACCGAGCAACGGGAGCUCACCUCGUCGCGAGGAUUCGAACCGCUGACCUUCUGAUCGGCAAGCCCUAGGCUCUGUGGUUUAACCCACAGUGCCACCCAUGUCCCAUAUUUAUCUAAAUGUUAAGCAGCAAAAAAAUAGCUGUUCCGGUUUGGAAACUGCCAAUCUGAUUGAUCCUGGUUCUGCAAUACUAUGGUUCACUUUACUUCAUUAGCAUUAAAUUGAAACCCCUGCCACUCCUUGGACGUUUCUGUGCUGUUUGUCGUUGACUUCUUGUACCUUGGUAAGGAUCAAAAUAGGAGAAUGCAACUCUUCUAGAAAAAUGGUGUGUCUUUCUUAGGAGUCCUGGUUUUAUACCUAAAAAACCAUGGUUAUAGCAUGCUUGCUGGUAAAGCCCGCCAGAUUUCCAAAAUUGUGUGGUAAUUCUUCUCUGCCAGCUUUUCCUUAAUUGCAUGCCAGCUUACAAGGUGUAUAUCUUGGUCAAUGUACAAUGUAAAUGGGAUUUCACCUAACAAACCCCACCAGUAUAAACCCUGCAAAAGGGCUUCCACUUACACAAUGAGGCUAUCCCGCGUGCCCUUCCUUCCAAAUUGGCUCGGGGUGGGCAUCAGGAGAACACCCAGAACAGCAGGUGGGGUGGGUAGGGUAAUAAUCAAGCUUCAAGCAUGUGCAAAAAGAAUCUUUGUAAUAGCACCACGUUGAAUUCCAUUCAAUACAUUUUUGUUAAGGCUGGCUCAGUAGUUUCUGAAAAAGUAGCAUUCAGAGAAAUGGCUUGCUGUAGACAACCUGUUGCCUCCAGUCUCUUUCAGAAUUUUGGCUUAUACUACUAAAACAGCAUACAGCUUUCCCUGUAAAACAAUGCUGAUUAAGAAAUCAUUUUUAGUGAGGGCACUUAUGUAGCAAUGGGAAACCUGCUACAUCCCAUUGAAUGGAGGUGAACAUCCCAUUGAAGACAAAGCAGUGCAUCUUUAGUUGGCUGUGCACCUGAUUUAUGACCACGGUUCUUUAUUGAGCAAGUUAUCAUAUUUGUGUGCUUGGGGUGUGAAUGAGUAACUUGUUCCUCUACUGCUGGCCUUUGGAGAACUGCAGCAAUCGCCCGCUUAAUAUCAAGAACUAACGUUAGCAAAACAACUACUGAUCCGUCAAAAGUUAGCUUGUUGUCUAUGAACAAAGCCUGUGGCUUAAUAGUCAACUUGUGGGCUUAAAACACCCCAGAAGGUGUAAGGGGGGCAAUUAAAUAAUGCCAGUUGUUCCUCACCCCCAAAGGCACGCUCCUCCAUUGUCUCCCAAGACAGACGGAUAUCAGUGAAUGUUCCUAGCCAGAGCAAAUAAGUGCUUCCUUUGUUUUCUACCAAAUUGGCACAUGCAGUUUCUGAAUCUGAGCUCUUGAAGCAAAGCUUAAGCGGUCCAAGGUGUAGGAGGCAUAGGACGCUGACAGUUGUGACGGGGGUGGGGGGUGGGGCAAGUUAUGGGCACCUGCGUCCUAGCCAAGAUUCAUUAGCAGAAGCCUGGUGGAUACCUCUAUGUGGGGAGAAGUUAAUUGCCAGUGCCUAGUCAUGUAUCAUUAGAGCCGGAAGCAGGGUGAUGGGUAGGAUGUAAGCAGAAACUAAGGGUAGCAGCAGCGUAUGCCAGGCUGUGUGUGUGUGUGUGUGUGUGUGUGUGUGUGUGAGAGAGAGAGAGAGAGAGAGAGCGCACCUCCCAGUCACCCCCGUGCAAUUCAGCACCUGCUGAUUCUCCCCCAAGGCUCCUUCUUUCCUGCCCAUUCAAGCUGCACAGGUUUCCAGUUUCAGAGCUAUGAAAUUAUGUGCAAUAAGAAAUCGCCAGGCAGGAGAAAGGGUAAGGAUUCUCCCUUAAAAUGACCAUUUACCCCUCAUUUCCUUUGAAAACCCAGUGUUUGCUCUUAACGGCUAGUUUCCCCAGUAAUGUCUAGGUGGCUGCCUACAUCUCUGUGCUCACAAACUCAUAGAAAUCCUCCCUCCAGCAAAGCACUUGUAACAAAUGAGGUUCUGGCAAACAGGAUGCUGAGUAACAUACCUAAUAAAUAUUAAAUGAAUGGGACCAUAAUGCAUAUCAGAGUACUGCACUUAAAAGCUUGAACUAUGCAGUACCUGCAGUCAUCUGGUUUCAACUUCAGGCAAGGCAGUUUCCACGCAGGCUCCUGCACCCAUCCCUUUAUUAGUUAUACAUCUGGCUACAGAUGUGAUUGGAAGUUGUUUUGUUUUUUAAAAAAUGAUAUUUAUUAAAGUUUCAGAAAAGAUUACAAAAAUAAGAAAAAAAAGAAAAAAUACAAAAUACAGAAAAAUAAAAACACUUAAAAACAAAUCAAUCUUUCCAUGUCUUGUCUUUCGUUUACUUGUUUCCCUGACCUCCUCACACCUCCCUUUUUUGUAUUCCAGUUCAAUUAGUUAAUUCAGCAAAUCCUUUCCUCUUUGUUUUUAUCUUAAUCCUUUAACUUAAUAUAUUAUAACUUUAGAUUCUCACCUGUUAACAAUCCAUUUUUACAUACUCCUUUGAAACAUUGCUGCUAAAACCACUUAACUUCAUUCCGACAUCAUACUAACAUUCAUUAAUUUUGCAGUAUUUCUGUAAAUAGUCUUUAAAUUUCUUCCAAUCUUCUUCCACCGACUCUUCUCCCUGGUCUCGGAUUCUGCCAGUCAUUUCCGCCAGUUCCAUGUAGUCCAUCACCUUCAUCUGCCAUUCUUCCAGGGUGGGUAGAUCUUGUGUCUUCCAGUACUUUGCAAUAAGAAUUCUUGCUGCUGCUGUGGCAUACAUAAAGUUAGUUCUAUCCUUCUUUGGCACCAAUUGGCCAACCAUGCCCAGGAGAAAGGCCUCUGGUUUCUUCAGAAAGGUAUAUUUAAAUACCUUUUUGACUGGAAGUUGUUUUGAACUGUUUUCAAUACCGUGCUUAGAUGAUGGUGACGCACCCUGGGAGGUUAGGGUGAAGGAUGGGUUAUUAAUAAUAAAGGUAUGAGCUGGGAUUUUGAUGAUAGCCUUAUGCGAACCUUCAAAAAAACAAGCAUGUAUGAGAAGUGCCAGCUCUACAACAAAGCCCAUCUGGAAGCACCCUUGCUGAAGGGAGUAGUACCCUAAUAUGUAUUCAGGAGGUAUAAGCAGAAGGCCUGGUGAGAACCCUGCUAAGCUGUACUGUACUGAGUAGCAACGAUGCUGCCUUUUGCCUUGCAUACAAAGGGCUAAUUCUAGCUUCCCUUCUCUGCUUGCACAGGUGCUGGGUGGGUUGAAGGGCAAAAUGCCAAUGCAACAAGAGAAGGUCAAACUGGAAUUAACCCUCCUAUACUGGAACAUGCAGGAAUCCUGCAGUUUGGAGUUGCAAGAGCAUGUCUUAGUACAGUAGAUAUUUUACAGGGUUUUAAAAAAGGGGGAAAAGCUUGCUCGCUGUAAGCCAUUGUUCUUAGAUUUUGUGUUUACUGCGUAUCUGAGAGAGCAACACAGAGACUUCCUCACUGCUGCUCCUCUGCAUUUUUGAUUUCAGGAUUCCCUUCUCUCUGACACUGUCCAAACUAGCUGCAGCUUCCUGGUUCAUGGUACAUUUUUAAGCUGGCCCUUUGUAGUGAAAAACAUGCCUCUUCUUGCAUAUGAGAGAGAAUUUCCUCUCCUCCCUUCCCCCAAACAAUCUAAAAUAGUUUGAGAUGAAAUUUGAGUUCAACUCUAGCAGAGGCUAGCUGUGUAUUCUCAAGUGGGUGUACUUCUGAGAAACUGGCUACAGGAAUGUACCAACUUAUUCAUGCCUCUGGUAUUUUCCCUUUAAUGUAAGUAAACCCCGGAGGACCGCAAACGUAAAGGCUAAACUAUAGCUGUGACAUUGUUAAGUGCAUUUAGCCCUUGCGUGCAUGCAUUUAGUUUUGUUUUAAAAGUUGGUAUGGAGGGCAGGAGGUGAACCGGAUAGAGACUGUGCUGUGUGUGUAUAAAGGGGUUAAAAAUCAAAGCAUCAUAGAACUAUAGAGUUGGAAGCAACCGGGAGGGUCAUCUAGUCCAACCCCCUGCAAUGCAGGAAUCUUUGCCCAACACUGGGCUUGAACCCAUGACCGUGAAAAUAAGAGUCUCAUGCUCCACCAACUGAGCUACCCAGCAUGUCUCAUCUGUCCUGGAGCCCUGUGCUUUGAAUUCUCAUGGGGGUGGGGGAAUCACACAAUGGUAUCAUAUUUAGUUCAGUUUAGCAGCAGCAACAUAGCAGGAUCAGGAUUGUUGAUUUGUUAAUGUUGUUGAUGAUUGUGCAAAUCACCAUUCAGAGUCAACACCUCCUGGUGCAGAGUCCUGUGAACAAGCCACAAGUUGACUUACGCUGACCAUUUUGUCCCUAUGAUAGGAGCUACUCUGUGUCAGAAUGGAUAUGCACACUUUGGAUACUGAGCUCUCUCUUUGUUUUCCAGAUGAAGAACUGUUAAUUGACAGAGUGCCAUUUGCUGGUAUGAUCAACCCAGAAGAUCGUUGGAAAGCGCUUCAGUUGAAUGGUCAUGUUGUUCAUUUUGAAGCACAAAUACGAGUUAAAUGUGAUGAAAACUACUAUGGCCCCCAGUGCAAUAAAUUUUGUGGCCCUCGUGAUGACUUUGUGGGCCACUACACAUGUGACCAAAAUGGAAAUAAAGCUUGUAUGGAAGGCUGGAUGGGUGACGAAUGUAAACAAGGUACCACACUACUCAUUCUUAAAACUGAAUAUUAUGCUCGUAUCUUAAAAUUCUUGAUUCCUUGUUCAUGACCUGAUCAUGCCAGAGAACAUUGUAUAAUAAUGUUUAAAAAGCCCAAGUUUGCGGCAUACAGAGUCAGACCAUGGAUUUCUCUAGACCAGCCUGACACCUUCCAGAUGUUUUGGACUGCAUCUCCCAUCAGUAGUGCUGGCUAUGCUGACAGAACUUGUAGUCCAAAACAUCUGGAGGAUGCCUGGUUGGCAAAGGCUGAACUAGUUUACAAUUGUCUUCUCCGAUAAUGACUCUCCAAGCUCUGGGAGGACUCAUCUGACCCUACAGUCUUAUAUCGUUUUAAACUGGAAAUGCCUGGAAUGAAACCUGGGAAGGUCUGCAUGCUCGCCGUGUGCUCUUACACUGAAUCAUGAAGCAGAGAUUAACUUUUAUGUUCAUUCAGUGUUCUCCACCAAAUCUGAAACCCCUAGAUGGGCAAAGAAUCCCGGAGUUUUGGCUGCAUGCAGUCCUCCUCUUGAGUUCUUCCCAUGCCCACCAUCGGCCUUCCUUAAGCUAUUUAUUGAAUACAGUGGUACCUUGGUACUCGAACGGCUUGGCUUCCGAACACCUAAAACCCGGAAGUGAGUGUUCCAGUUUGCGAACAUUUUUUGGAAGCCGAAGGUCCGACACAGCUUCUGCCUGAGUGCAGGAAGCUCCUGCAGCCAAUCAGAAGCCGCUCGUUGGUUUACGAACGGUUUUGGGAGUUGAACAAACUCUUGGAACGGAUUAAGUUCGAGAACCAAGGUACCGCUGUAUUUUUAUCUCACCUUUCAAUUUAAAAAAUGCUCAAGGCAGCUUGCAAGGUAACUUCACUCGCCUUGAUGUACCAAUAAUAAUCACUUUGUAUUUUUCACAUACCCUGGUUGUAGCUGGGUGUUGGGUUUUUUUAUCCAAAGACAUUCUCCUUUCAACAUAUUUCAGCCUCAGCUUUAACAACUUGAACAUGUAAACUGAUGGUCAAAUGAGAGGCUGGAUUGCUCUACAAGCUUAAUCUGAGGGGACAACCUGAAGUCUGACUGUGGUGUAGCAACUUGAGAUACUUAUGGAAUGGAUUUUUGUGUAGACAGUUCUGGUUGAUGUUUUUUUUUUAGAGCGAUGCAUAUUUUAAAAGCUGCAGAGCUUCAAUAUAUAAUAGUUCGUAGGAGUUCUUAUAUCACUGAAUAUGUAUCUUUCCAGAAUUAGAAAGUGUUCUUGGCUGUAUAAGAACAGAGAUAAAUGCCACUUUAGACAUGAAACUCUAGAGGAACAGGAAGCACAAGUGUCUUGUUGUGCUUCCUUUCCCUCUGCACUUCUUGUUGUGUCUGAAAUAGAACUUCUGCAUCUCUCCUGCCUGGAGAAAACAGCUUUCAUAUUCAGGAGAUGCUGAGAAGUAGUUAAAAUGCUUGAAAGAUGUGUUACUGAGGUUUGUUUCAUGAAGAAAAUACAGUAUUCAAAAUGAAGCCAUUUAACUAAAUUUUCUAAAGUGUUGGCAUUCACUGAUGUUUAACCCUCUUUCUUUGAUAGCUGUAUGCAAACAAGGAUGUAAUUUAGUCCAUGGGGGCUGCACUGUACCUGGGGAAUGCAAGUAAGUAUAUACGCAGAUUUGGGUUUGGGGGGUGUAUUUUCUUAAAUCUUACCUUAUGCUCUUGUGAGAAAGAUGCAGUGGCUAAGCAGACCUUCUAGAUUUGGUAUAUUGGUCUGGUUCACACACAACUCCAAGCCAUGGUUUGUUAAACAACCAUAAGAUGUUCAGCCCAUGGCUUGUUUCAUGAAUGCUUGGUUUGUUUUCCAGAUGUUCUUGCCUUGUCCCAUUGUAGCUUAAUGGAUUUCUGGCAUAUAAUGUCAGACUAAUUAAAGCUUCAAAAACAGACUAUGGCUUCAGGUUAUGGUUUUUUAGUAGUACACAGGCCAUAUUUAAGGUGCUGGACAUGAUUUGGAUGAUAAAACAAGCCAUAGUGCAAUAAACCACGGUUGGCUUUAACAUGCAAACCAGGCUAUUGACUUCUUAAGGUUGAUCUUUUUAUUUCAGAUAUGUUAUGUCCUGCUUUUUAAUUUGACCCUAGAUUUCCAAAACUGGUGCUUUAAAAAAAUGCAUAUAGCAGCAAACCCAAAGUGUGUUUUUAUUUUAUAGUCGAAAUAAUCUGAGAGGUGUGGUAAUUAUUUUGGUCUCCUUUUUCCAUUUUACCUGUUCUGGAAAGUAUGGCAGCCUGUCUCCAAGAACAGGCAAUUCUGAACCCUAUUGCUCACAUUUCUAGCAAGCAAAGUGACUGUCUCCAUGAUCAGCUGAAUGUGUGUGGCAGGAGAGCCUGGGUAUUACAGUAACAUACUGAAUUACAUUUGUUUGCUUAAAUGUGUUCAGUUACAUGGAGUUGUUAUUACUGACUGUUGGCAGCUGAAAAUGGGCUGGUGCCAUUACACUAACCGUUCAGUGUAAUGACACUAGCCUGCUUUGAGCUUCCAGCACAAAACUACAUACCUCCUUAGGGUAGUUAGUCUGAGUUGACUAAUGGCGAUUAGGAACAUGAGUGCCUUAAUCCAAGUCAUAGCACGGGUACAUCUAGCUCACUGUUGUCUAGCAGUUAGUCUGUUCUGGUUGGUAGUGACUCUUUAGGGUUACAGGUGGGUCUUUUGUGGUCCGACCAGAAGAUGCCAAGGAUAGAACAUGGACUUUCUGUACUCAAAGUAGGUGCUCAGCUACUGAAUUACAGCCUUGUACUAGCACCAUCUGUUGUCUUUGUCCAUGGAGUUUUCUUGGCAGGGAUACUGGAGUAGCUUGCCAGUUCCUACUCCAGGUGGAUCACAUUUAGUCAAAACUCUCCACUAUGACCUGUCCGUCUUGGGUGGCCCUGCACGGCAUAGCUCAUAGCUUCUCUGAGUUAUUCAAGCCCCUUUGCCAUGACAAGGCAGUGCUGGAAGAAAUAUCAACAGCCUCAGAUAUGCAGAUGACACAACCUUGAUGGGAGAAAGUGAGGAGGAAUUAAAGAACCUUUUAAUGAGGGUGAAAGAGGAGAGCACAAAAUAUGGUCUGAAGCUCAACAUCAAAAAAAGUUAAUGGCCACUGGUCCCAUUACCUCCUGGCAAAUAGAAGGGGAAGAAAUGGAGGCAGUUAGACAUUUUACUUUCUUGGGCUCCAUGAUCACUGCAGAUGGUGACAGCAGUAACGAAAUUAAAAGAUGCCUGGUUCUUGGGAGAAAAGCAAUGACAAACCUAGACAGCAUCUUAAAAAGCAGAUACAUCACCUUGCCGACAAAGGUCCAUAUAGUUAAAGCUAUGGUUUUCCCAGUAGUGAUGUAUGGAAGUGAGAGCUGGACCAUAAAGAAGGCUGAUUGCCAAAGAAUUGAUGCUUUUGAAUUAUGGUGCUGGAGGAGACUCUUGAGAGUCCCAUGGGCUGCAAGAAAAUCAAACCUAUCCAUUCUGAAGGAAAUCAGCCCUGAGUGCUCACUGGAAGGACAGAUCCUGAAGCUGAGGCUCCAAUACUUUGGUCACCUCAUGAGAAGAGAAGACUCCCUGGAAAGACCCUGGUGUUGGGAAAGAUGGAGGGCACAAGGAGAAGGGGACGGCAGAGGACGAGAUGGUUAGACCAUGUUCUCGAAGCUAUGAACAUGAAUUUGACCAAACCGCAGGAGGCAGUGGAAGACAGGAGUGCCUGGCGUGCUCUGGUCCAUGGGGUCACAAAGAGUCAGACACGACUAAACAACAACGACCAGCACCAUCAUCUGCAUGUCAGUAAAGGCUUGUCCACACUUCUUGUUCUGUGCUUUGUAGGCACAAGCCCAGGUGGUUUCCCCCUUGCCCUGCUCCUUUCUCAGGGAAAACCUGCUCUUUAGUGCUAAAUUGGAGCAAACGUCAAUCCAUAGGAAACAGGAAUUGCCAUGACAAGAGGAAAUGUGGAUAAGCCCUAACUCAAUGGCAGUGGCGGUGGUAUGUUUUGAACUGGGUGUGUGUUUACCCCUUCCUAUGAUGCAGUUGGCUUCUGAAAUUGAGAUAUGCACACACACAUCUCCACUAGUCCUUUCCUGUCUGAAAUGUUUUACCUAAAUUUUCCAGUGCAAGCAUAUGUGUAGGAGUUUGCUUUCAUUAGGCUGAUGGCCGUGGUAGUUCUUUAAAAAAGAUAAUGUGCAUCGGAUGCAGUUGUGUACUUUACAGGUCCACCAGCAGUGUGGAGUAUUUCGUAGUUUUUUUUCUUGUUUAGCCUCCACCCUAUUGAAUGCAUUAUGGCUCUUAUUUUAUGCUAGAGAUGGGGACUCUGUGGCCCUCCAGAUGUUGUUGGACUACAGCUCCCAUUGAGAUCCACCAUCAUGGCCAGUGGUCAGGCAAGAUGGGAGUUGUAGUUCAGCCACAUCUAGAGAGCUGCAGGGUCCGCCAUCCCUGUUUUAUGCUGAAGUGCCUUCUCUUCAGAAAUCCUUGGAUUCAUUCUGCUUCUGAAAUGUUUGAAUGGAACUCUGGUAUAUCCGUUCUGAUCUUUGAAUGGGGAUGUUGAAGAAUCCUGCUUAGUCAGAGCUCUUAAAUGAUUCCUAAGGGAAUAUUAUGCAGAAAAUCAACAUAUUAGAAGUUAAUUGUAUGGUGAAGAAAGCUCUUGAAUUCAUGAAUAGUGUCACACACAAACGCACGCACCAAAGUUCAAUUGUUUUUUAUGACUGCUGGCAAAAUAGUUUGGGGCUUUUCAGAGGCAAAGGGGAAUUUGUGUGACACUGUAUUUGUGGUGCCUUGGUGAUACAGAAGUUACUCUUUUAAUUCUUCAUAAUAAGGUUCGUAAUAAACAUUUUGCAGUAGCAGUUUUUAUGUAGCCAGUCACAGAACAGUCCUAUUAGUUCAGCAGUGAAUUAAAGCUGCAAUGAGCUCAGACUCCCAUUUUUCUUUCCCCUUUCUUAGUUUCAGUCAUGAUGAAGAACUGUUCUCUUUAGACAUCCUCUUAAUUUUCCCUGUCAACAUUUUAAUUUUUCAGCAGGUUCUGGGGAUGUGUAGUAAUUCCUGAACAAUUUCACAUACAGAAAUGAAAUUAAGCUGUUCUAGCUUCUAUUCAUGUUGAAUAUGACCAGACUUCCUGUUAGGCAGGAAACCUUCAAUUUAUCCUUCCUUUAUAGAUGUGACAACUAAUCAGCUUGCUGUACAUAACCUUUUGACUUGUAAACACUGUGUUCCUUUGGUUAGGCAAUCAUUUUUACUGGUACAACAUUGUAAUAGGAAGCUAGGUCUUUUCUUGCAAUAGGAUCACAUGCAGUGGCAAAAUUUGGUAGCUACCAAGGGCCCAUUGGUCCUGAUGCCUUCUCUGGAUUGGACCUUAACUUUUCCAUCCCCACCUCCAACUUUGGUUUUGUGAGUUGCCUGUGAUUUUAAAUUUCCCACAGUGCCCACAAGCUGUGCUAUGUUGGGGAACUAUGGGAAAUUUAAAAUUACAGGUGGCUCAUAGCCACCUGAUUUUAGGAAGACAAGGCACCAGCCCCCUCAAAACCUGGAGCCCCCACCCCAGAAUGUACUGUAGGAUGCAAGCUCUGCAGAUGUUUAUGUUCAAAACUAGCUGCUUCUUAAAAGUUGUGAUAUAUAUUAUGCGCUUACUGCUUUCUUGGUUAGCGUAUCAGCCACAGGGGCAGCAAUAUGUGUUUUUACUUCCUUUUGAUAAUCGAACUAGGUUGAGAAAAUGCAUUUUUGUAAAGCAGCAGCAUGUUUGGAUAACAAGAACCCUUAUUUAGCCAAAUGCAUUCUAAAUUAAAGUAAUGGCAUUAAACUGAACCAGUUCUGAUGUUAUGAAGCUAAAAAACCAGGGAGAUAGUUGUUUCCGCAUCCCCCUCCUAAUAUAUAAAUUAGCAUAGAAGUGGGCUGUUGUGGAAUAUUGUGGGAUGUGUGACAGUAUACCGAAUCUGCUGUAGUGGUGAAGUAAACUGAAAUAUUCCACUUUAAUUAUAUCCUAUCCCUUAAUUUUCAGCUGUAUUAAUGUGUAUCUUUAUCCGCAUUUCAGUUACGUAUUCCUGUGUCUAACUUUCCAUUAUUUGAGUAUGCAAAUAAUAUUAGAGACAGUGGGCUGAGGCAGAGACAAUAGCUUGGUCAAAGAUACUUAACUGAGUUUAUGGCUGACGUGAAAUUUGAAUCAAGGACUCCCUGUCCCACGGGCACAUUUGCAUAGUGGCAAUUACUUGUUUUUGAUUCUGGAACAUCAUUGUGAGGAGUAUCUUUGAAGGCAUUGAGGAGAGUGGGUGGAUGGGGAGAGAAACACAAAUUCCCAUUUCCCCAUACGUCCUCUUGCAUUAUUUACAGAUGUUGCCUUUCUGAUGUGUGGGCAGAAAAAGAGUAGCAGGUGGGAGUCUCCUGAGCAGUUUUGAAAUUCUCUGCACGUUGGUGCCAGUGCAAACUUCCCACCCUUUUCCCAUUUAACUUGUGAAGUGUCAAAAAUCUGCAAGGUUAAUAGAUAAAAAAGUGUGAAGGGUUUCUGGCAUUUGCUUUUAUAGCAAAUUUAGAUACUGACAUACACGCUGACAAAAGGGUGUAUAAGGGAAUAGGAAGGGCACCUCUAGCUUUUGUACAUUACUCCCCGUCCUUUUUUUAUCUUCACAACAGCCCUGUGAGGUAGGCCGAGCUGGGAGUUUCUAGUUCAGACACCAAAAUGGUGAAAUUGCACUUAUUUAGAUUAUUUUUGGCUUGUUAUUUAUCAGGGUUGGCAAACGUUUUUGGGAAGGGGGUGUUUUGUGGUAAAUAUCAGGACUAUGAAAUCUUACAGUUAAAGCUAGAGGGGUUGCUUUUCUAGCUUUGUGCUUGUUUGUUUUUCUUUACAUUCAUGGCAUCAUAUAUUUGUGUUUUGUUUUUCUUCCCAGUAGCUCAGGGUCUCGUACAUUACCGUAUUCUCCCCCUUUUUAUCUUUGUAACUGUCCUGCGAGAUAGACUAGGCUAAGUUAAUACAUGUACGUAAGCAGCAGUUCUUGGUGGGGAUUUGUGGAGGUCCCAAUCCGCACACAGCCUAACGGGCCUAGGAAAUCCAGUUGGCAUCCCUGAAAACAAUUCCCAUAACUCAUCUCCUGAUGUUGCAGCAUGCAAAAGUUGGUUUCUUUCGAAUUCUGGUGUUCCUGACACUACUGCUCUUGCAAGGCAUGUAGCAACUCCAGAAAAAUAGCUCCACAUGCGCAAUCAGACUGUCAUAAGACACUGGGGAUUGUCUCACAGUCCAGGUGGAAUGGGGUUCCUGGCUUAUCUUGGUGGUUUGAGCCAAGAAGUUUAGGGACACUGGGGGAAUAUGGUGUUAAAAGAGCCUCUGCCUUACUCUUUGUUCGGAAGGGCAGCAAUGGCAAGGACAAAUGAAUAGUGAGGGAGAGGCUGUUUUAGCACCCCAUUCGCUCUGAUCAAACACCAAGGUUGCAGGUUUGGUCCCUGUAUGGAACAGCUGCAUAUUCCCACAUUGCAGGGGGUUGAACUUGGUGGUCCUCAGGGUCCUUUCCAACUCUACAAUUCUUUGAUCAAGGGAGGGAAGAUGCAAAGGGAAGAGACAUUCGAUCUAGGGCUAAAAGGUAAAGGUAAAGGACCUCUGACAGUUAAGUCCAGUCGCGAACAACUCUGGGGUUGAGACGCUCAUCUCGCUUUACUGGCUGAGGGAGCCGACGUUUGUCCGCAGACAGUUUUUCUGGGUCAUGUAGCCAGCAUGACUAAGCCGCUUCUGGCGAAACCAGAGCAGCGCAUGGAAAGACCGUUUACCUUCCUGCCGGAGCGGUACCUAUUUAUCUACUUGGACUGGCGUGCUUUCGAACUGCUAGGAGCUGGGACCAAGUAACGGGAGCUCACUCCGUCGCGGGGAUUCGAACUGCCGACCUUCCAAUCGGCAAGCCCUAGACUCAGUGGUUUAAAUUCUUGAAAUGAUGCCCUAGGUCUUCAGUUCCUGGGCGUAGAAACCUCACAAGGCAUAUUUGCCUGGCUUCCCUCCUUCCAUUCACUGUGCCAGUUCAUCUUGCACCUGAAGCCUUCAGCCUCAGCAGUCAAGAACAUGCAGCCUCAUUCUCCCCUUUCAGCAGUCUCUGUGGGAGGUUGCACUUUGGGAAAACCUGUGCUUUGUUGUUUAGGUUUAUGAGGCGCCCAAUUACCAUAUAUGCCUGCCUCCCCCACCCACCCACAUUGGAGGAAAACCUUCGCAAGGAUCCCUUGCUGUUCUAGAUUGUAGUCGCAAGGACGCAUGCCACGCUAAUACAGCAGGAGCUUUUGUCGUUUAAGCACCUAGCAACCCCUGUUUACCAAAACUCUUUAAUUAUCCAAAUGAACUCGCUGUCCCUUGAAACAUGUUGAUAGUGCAGCACAAAAUCAACUAGAUCUUUACAACUUGCAUGGUAAGGGAGCAUGGAAAAUGUGGAUACUGUGUAUAGUCACAGGCUUGCUUAUUUGGUUCCUGCAGAAAUUCGGCAGUUAAACCAUAAGCCUUUUCCAUGUGCAGGUAGCUGGUUUGCAUGUAGGUAAACAAAACGAAUGUAAACGAACCUCUCUCUGGUUUGCUUUGUACUACUGGGUCUUUAGCUUUAUACUGCCACCGGGUAAGUUCCUGGUAACAAUACCUGUUUCUUAAAUGGAAAGACUGUUCCCCAAAGAAAUGAGAUUCCUCCACGACUCCUCCCACGUGGCUUCAUAAUGUUCCAUUUGCCUUCCACGUUUCAAAGCCAACUGUGCUUUGUGGGAUAGACCCAUGCAGUAUUUUCUCAUUCCAUUCAUGCAGUCAUUCAUGUAAUCAUUUCCAGUGGUGGGGGGGGGGGAGUGUUGUUGUUUAUAUACAGCCAAAGCAGCACUACCCCUGCACAAGAGGAGUGACAUUGGCAGACUUGCAGGAGGAGGAGUGUUUGGAAAUCCCAGGAGAUGCACAGAAAAAGGUUCAGGAUGAAAAGAGGGUUGUUUAAAAAAAAAAAAAAGCCAGAAAGAAAAACUUGAAGAUACAUGUUUUAGGGUGGUGGGAGGAAAAGGGAGCAAAUGAGGCGAGAAGACCUGUCUUGAAAAGUUCCUGUUCAUAGCAAAAGUUGCAUGUUAGCCAAGAGGCAGUGUGUUCAUUGGGUCUUUCGGGGAGAGGAGGCUAAAGCAGAAAGGGCAGUAGAAGACGUGAUAGGGAGAGGCAAGCAAAGAAAAGAAAAAACCCUGUAAAAUAAAGGAAGGAGGAAGGGAAGAACACGGCAGAAGCAAAAAGGAAAGGAAUUAAAUAGGAGCUACAGCAAGAAACGGAAUGACAGAUAGAGCUCCGCCCCUGGCAGAAGCGUCCAGAAUGCGCCCCCCUAGCCAUGGACAAAUUAGCUCUUCUUUCCGCCUCUCCUCUACCCCCCCCCCACCCAUUCAAUGUACCCUCUAUUUAAAACCAUUUCUUAUGAGGCAAUAAUGGAUAUUUAUAUUUAUGGACAUAUUUUUAGACAAUUUUGCGCAAACCCCCCCUUAACGCUUGCGCCCCUGAAGGUGGCCCACCUUGCCCCCCCCCCAGCUACAGCCCUGGUGACAGGUAGGGGGGAGGGAAGGAAAGCUGGAGACAGAAAUGAAAAGUUGCCUGCUUAGCAGCCAUGCACAACCUAAGCGGGCGGGAGCAAAUCCUCAUGGGACUCUCUGUGCCCCACAUGUAGCUCCACAACUGCCCUCCAUCAUUCCAUUCUUUCCAACUGCUCUUCAUGGACAGAGCAUUUCAUUGGAAGGGGUUCCAUGUCACCUUCAUUUUCUGUUUUGUGAUUGAGUUGUUGUUGUGCUCAAGCUCUUGCAGGGGGAGUGAAUAGGUUUUUUGACCAAUAAAAAAGGCAAUCUGUAAUGAACCAAGUAUUCCCGAGACCGGCAGUGCUCAAAACUGGGCCAGGGACUGCUAGUGUGUCUGCUUUCAGAUGCAGCCCAUCCCCUCGUCAUUCAGUAGCCUUUGGAUUAGACUGUCUAGCAGCGGCUCCAAGAGUAAUGGUAAUAAUAAAAUGGAAAUAGACAGGAAGUGAGUAAGAGAUGGGAGCUUCAUAAGAGCAAGAAUUGAAUGUAAAAGGGACAGCAAAUACCUGUUACCCUAUGCCAGCCUCCCAAGCUUCCGGUUUUAGUGCAAAAGGAGAAUGCAAGAAGAAAUGAGAGGAGAUGGGUAAAAAUGCUUUGAGGAGCGUGUGACGAGGAAGAAAAACAUAAAGCAGAAAGCCUUCUCUACUCAGAUUUGUAAAAUCGAUACCUCCAAAACCAAUAACUGUAUAUAGCUUGAGGAAAGCUGAACUACCUGCUACAAGAAAAAUUCCAAAAGGGAUUAAAUAGAAAACAAUGCCAGUAAUUUCCAGUUGAUUAAGCCAAUCUCUGCUUCCAUCUGCUUCCAUUUUUAUUUUUUUUUACUGCUCUGCCCUUGUACUCCUGUUUUGUGACUGGUUGGCCUAAGCCAUUUUUAGGCCUUCAAAUGAGCCCUGGGGUUUGACUAUCUUGUAACUUAUUGUAAGUAAGCAGGGACGCUGCUGUAAGCUUAAAGAGCGUUGUGAAGACAGAUUAACUUUACAGUCCUAUGCACAUGUAAGCCUCAUGGAAACUGAUGGGAUGUAUUAAGCAAUAAGUAUGGUUGGGAUUACAGCAUAUCUGACACAGUCUAUUGAAAUGCCAUCAAAGUAAAUGGAGUUUGAGCAUCAUAAUGGCAACUUGGAGAGCUUUUCAUUUUGGGCCAUUUCUGGGUCUAAAAAACGAAUCACACAUCUUGGUACAAUUAAGCUGCUCUUGGUUAUGCCUAAAACAAAUUCCACUUUGUCAGUUGUUUCUUCUGCAGUGGAGCUAUAUUUCUUUUGUAUAUGGAAGUUCUUCUGGGCAGAAGUCCUUUAUUCACCUGGGAACUGCCAGGUUGUUUUUUUAAUCCUUGUAGAGUAUGGCUAGCACAUCAUGAGAUGCGCAUUCUGACAGGGGAACACAAUAAUACUCCAGUAUUCUGUUACAUGUGGAACAAUUAGCCUGCUUUAAAUAAUAAAUGCAGUGCUCUGAAUAUGUGUAUUAUAGAUAAUUAAGCAUCAUGUUGCUAACAUUUAACAUGCACUUAUGUCUAGGUGUAAUUAUGGUUGGGAAGGGCAGUUCUGCGAUGCGUGUGUCCCCUACCCAGGCUGUGCUCAUGGGAGUUGCAACGUCCCCUGGGAAUGCAAAUGUGAAACCAACUGGGGUGGUCUGCUCUGCAACAAAGGUACUGAACUUCCAUUCAUAGUUAAAUUUUAAAUCUCAUUACUAACUAGUAACCUGAUCUCGAUUGUUUUUGCCAAGCAUGUGCUCACUACAGAGAGCAUCUGUCUUCUAACUCUCUGGUGGCACUUGCCUAUUGCAUUUAAGCAAGCAGGCAGGUUUUGCCAUUUGCAAGCUUGCCCUUGCAUGGUUUGCAUGUCACCCCAUCCCUAACCAUGGCUUAACAUGAGCACAUGGGCUCCCAGAGAAGAAAUGCAUCCACUUCGCUCCUCGCCAGUUGUUUUGCUGCAACACCAACAGUGAACUAACCCAUGAUUUGGCUUACUGUGUCAUCCAGGCCCAGCUAUGUGGUUUAGCUUUCUACAGACAAGCCACAAACUCUAACCAAGGUUGUCCCUAUGGCUUACGGCUUGUGGAUUGUCCAGAAAGCUAAACCACAAGCCAGAGUCAGGACAAAAUGCUAAGUUCAAACCAUGGCUAAUUCAGUGUAGCACAGCACCAAAACAGCCAGGAAGGAGCAAAGCAGCUGUGAUGUCCUCUUCUGGAUCCUUCAGGCUCACCCUAAGCCAUGGUUUGAUUUAGUGCAAUGUGCAAACCAGGCCAGUGUGAGUGUAAUGCAUUUAUUCCUAAGAGAUUUGCUUUAUCUUGUCUUUACGUCACAGAUGUUGGUUGAGAUGGCAAUAUACCCAGUGACUGAUAUGAAGCCAAAAUGAAUUAAAGGGGGAAGGUGGGCACAGGUGUAUGGGUGUUAAAGAUACUCUGCCUGCCUCUACCCUUCUCUUGAAAGAUCUCCACGUAGUAGUUCUGCAUCUUCUUGUGUCAAAUAACCCAACUCCACCUUCGCCUUCUGUCUAGAUUUAAACUACUGCGGAAAUCAUCACCCGUGUGUGAAUGGUGGAACCUGCAUGAAUACGGAACCAGACGAAUACAGCUGUGCUUGCCAAGAUGGUUACUCUGGAAAGAACUGUGAAAUUGGUACUGACAAACAAUUGCAUGUCUUUUUGUUGUUGUUGUUGUUGUUCAACUUUCUAUGAUGACAAGAAUGUUCCUCCAUAUACCUUUCAUGAUUAAAUGAAACAUAGCUGUUGGUGAUUUUGUCAUUAUUUGUCACCCUUGAUGACUAAUCUAAAAUAAGUUUUUUUCAGAUGGCUAAAUACCAAACCUCUGUGCAGAUUGAUAAGACUCUGGGCCCCUUUAGAUAUGAACAAGCCUUGAGGAGCUUUGUUUCCUCCUCUUGUUCCUCUCCCCCAUCCCCAGUGCUUGUUUGAAGCAAACCACAGUUUGUUGUUUCAUAUGGAUAGGCAAAAGGCUCUUGUGAAGGAAGGACAAGGCCUUCAUUACAUACUUGGAAAUAAAAGUGUUUAAACCUGGAUUUGUGUACUGAGGAUAAUUUUCUUUUCUUAUUAGCUGAGCAUGCUUGUGUAUCAAAUCCCUGUGCUAAUGGUGGAGUUUGCCACGAAAUUUCAUCAGGCUUCAAAUGCCAGUGCCCAGCAGGCUGGAGUGGACCAACGUGUGCUAUUGGUAGGUACAGCUUGGUUUCAGAUGUAUUAUGACUUGUAUGUGCACAUGAAACAAACUGAUUAUGCAAAAGCCCCUCUUAGGUGCUUGUAACUAUAGAAAAUGAAUGUUCAUUGAGUGAACUGAAAUCGCACUUCCACUUUGAUACAAUAACAGGAUUGUCACUUAGCUAAUAAAAUCUUAGUUGUAUGAGUUUGUCAGUCGAUGGAUCAAAUCUGAAUAAUAAAGCAACACAUCUGGAGGAGAACAGCUUCUACAUCUUUAGUCAUGUGUGCAUGUAUUUAUCACAGGUGGCACCAUCUUAGAAAUCGCAUUGGUUCUAUCAUAUGUGAGAAGGGCAGAGGCUACUUAAGUUGUCGGCUGCCAUUGUAGUUUUAAGAAUUUUUUUGUGGUUGUUCAGUUAUUAAUGCCUUUCUUGGUCAGUCAGAAGCUUAAUUGGUUGAUGUAGCAGAUUAAUAGUUAAUCGAGCAUUGCACAGCACCUAAUGAGUGCAAGUGCUUAAGAGCCUUGCUAACAUGCUUAUAAUCAAAAAGUUCCUGGCAAAGUAACUUUCACUUCAAGUGUUAUCUGGGGGCCGUUAUCCUUUUCCUUGUGGCCUCUGUAGCACCACAUUUAGGAUUACACAUGUAUAGGAUCGUAACAACAGAACUCUCUUGAAAGUUGAGCCAAAAAGCAAACUCUUUGAUUUCUUCAUGCCAGCAGCACAUUUGCUAGGAGGUGCAGGAGGAGAGUGGUAUAUUUUGGGAGGUGGUGGGUAGCAAAAUAAUCAGUAGUGGCAAGUUGUGUUUUUCUGUUUCUGCCGAGGGCGUGCAUCACUAUUCCUUGAUGUAAUACUUUCCUCUCAAAGGCAUAUGGUGAGGAAUUACUGAUGAGAAGGAUCAAACCUUCUUUCAGCAAGGGUUCUGUAAUAAAUUUUGUUGCUGCCAUGAGCAUGGUGGGUAUCCCAAAUGUGACUCUUGGAAGCAUAGAAGUGACAGGAACGCAGUUACGUUCUUAGCUUUUUCACAGAAUCAGGGAACACCCUGUUUCUAAACCAGGCAAGAAGAACUGCAUCGCUUUGGUGUUUAACCACUACACAAACAAGGUGCUAUAACCGGAUUAGCAGCUCCAUUUGUUCAGUUCCAGUGGAAGCAUCCAAUGGCAAGAGUGCCAAGCAUCUUGUGUUGUGCUGCUGUGUACUCUCAGGCUUCUUCAUCUUGCAGAGUUUGCUAAAACUUUUUUAUCAUUUAUAGCCAGCGUGGCAAUAGAUGUUGAAUUAAAUAGUGAACAAACCUAGGGGCAAACGGAGGGUGUAUUACAGGGGUGUCCAAACUUUUUUCAAAGAGGACCAGAUCUGAUGAAAUGAACAUGUGUGAGGGCCGACCAAAGUUCUUGACCAUUUUUAGGAUUGAAGUUGUUGAGCUUUUUAUUGGAUUUUAAUUUUACCCCAGGAAAUAACCUGCCACAGGGGCCGGAUUAAACUGACUGGAGGGCCGGAUUAGGCCCCAAAAUGGACUUUGGACAUGCCUUGAUUAACUCUUUUCCUAAAGAGUUAUGGUUAUGCCCAUUUAUCUGCAUUGAAAGCAACAUGUACGGUUGUCUCAGACCAUUCUUUUCCUCCCCAGAUAUUGAUGAGUGUGCCUCUAACCCAUGUGCUAGUGGUGGAACUUGUGUUGAUCGCAUUAAUGGGUUUGAAUGCAUAUGUCCACAGCAGUGGAUUGGGGCAACCUGCCAGCUUGGUAAGUCAAGACUGUAAGCUAUCUUUAAAAUUAGUCGCGUUCAUUAUUGUAAGUAUAUUGUUGUCAUUUUGUGCAAAUGGUUCCUUUGAUGUUUUAGCUGCUUCCGAGUCAUUUUGUAUAAAUGCUUCCUUUGAUGUUUUAGCUACUUCUGAGUUAAUCUUGUGAGAAUCAGAGUGUGUGCUGCUUUUAAAUGCCUCUGAGUGCAGGAACAGGCAAUGUUGCAUUCUGAAAAGCAUCCUUCCCUCACUUGGUGCAAACUUGAGCAACGUAUGAAAUUGUCUUCAGCAUGAUAAUAGUGGUGGACUUAACUCCUAGGGUGGCUAAAAUUAGGGCAUGCUUGCACUGUUAAGCUACUACACUUGGCUCCUGUUGCCUUGGGGUGUGUGCUUAUCGACUGCUCCCUUAUUCCUGCACGUUGCUUGACCCAAAAUAUUUUUUCCUGUACUACAUGCAUGCCUCAGGGCUAUGCAGAAGCAUUUAAGUAGUCUCUGAAGGUGUGUGGGCAGGCUAGACCUGUCCGUCAUUCCUUGGAUGCAGUCCACCCCUUGGGCGCAAUCCACCAUUAAGCACUCCCCCAACCUCGAUUGUAUUGUGCCCAAGACCCAUCAAACCACGAGGGAAGUCACAGGAAAUGGGCAAGGACAGCAGGGGAACAAGUCAAUGGAUCCAUAAGUAGAGGCUGCUGGGCCCUCGUGUUAACCAACAUGGCAGAUUUCCAGUUUCAUUCUUCCAAUCUGUUGCAUUUACUACCACUUCUAUACAAAUUCAUAGGCAUUGUCGAUGCUGGAUAUCAUUUACAUAAACUCCUACGGUAGCUGUCAUUGUUCACAGUUCCCCAAACUAGUAUUUAUUAUACUUUUGCUCAAAGACUUGGGGAGCUGGCCUCUCUUAGCUGCAUAAUCUCUCUUAGCUGCAUAACUGGAGUUUAAUAGAACCACAAAGUCUGAAGCUUAUAAUCAUUGGUGCUUGCUUUAUAGGGAAAAUUCUGCAGCAUGCAUGUUGAAAAUAUCAGCAAACAUGUGUCACCGUGACAUGUAGCUGAUAUUUUGGAGGCUCUGCUUUGGUGCAAGGGCAGUCUAUUUCUGGGUUUGUUCUUCACUCCCUGCUUUUCUUUCUCUUCUUUCACAGAUGCUAAUGAGUGUGAAGGGAAACCCUGUCUUAAUGCUCAUUCUUGCAAAAAUCUUAUUGGUGGAUAUUACUGUGACUGCAUUCCAGGAUGGAAAGGAGUAAAUUGUCACAUCAGUCAGUAUUUAAUCUUGCGUAUAUAUAUCUCUCUGACCCUAAAAGAGCUUUUAUUUAUAGAAUAUAUCAAAACAUUCCUAAUUCCUAGUUUAAGACAUCUUUAGAAAUGAUAAAGAUAUCUUUAAAGCCUUUCAAAGAACCAUGUAUGGUGACUCCCUUAGCAGAUGUUUCCUUGCAUCUAAAGCCUUAACGUUUGAGUUGUGGAAUGAACUAACUUGGGGAGUAGCUUCAGUAUUCUGGUCUUGGGAAGACUAACUUGACGUUUUUGCUUGAAUAUUGCCUGGUAUUCAAACCUUCAUCACCCAUACAGCUUGUAUUUCCUUGCCUCUGGAAGACUUCAGAUUGCUUAUUAAGAAUGAACAGACGUUGCUAACUCAUCUUCAGUCUAUUCAUUGCAAUUGAGUUCCAGUCUUUUUUAUUUUUAAUCUCAUUUGUAUUUUAUCCCUAGAUAUUAAUGAUUGUCAUGGGCAGUGUCAAAAUGGAGGAACUUGUAAGGUAAGAUUAAAUGCAUUUGUUUUGUUUUCUUGUUUUGAGGUGCUCUGGAGCUGCUGCUCCUUAAAAUUCAACCUAUGGCCCAGUUCACAUGUUAACGCUAAUCCAGGCUUCCUCAACUUCGGCCCUCCAGAUGUUUUUGGCUUACAACUCCCAUGAUCACUAGCUAGCAGGACCCAGUGGUCAGGGAAGAUGGGAAUUGUAGUCUCAAAACAUCUGGAGGGCCAAGGUUGAGGAAGCAUGCGCUAAGCCAUAUGAAGGUUUAGUUAUAUGCUGGAAGUCGAUCAAAGUGACUGGGGCAACCAAGUCAGAUGGGUGGGGUGCAAAUAAUAAAAAUAUUACUAUUAUUACUACUGUGAAUGAGCAGGUGUGCUGGCUCCUGGAAAGAAAAUUGCAACAGCUUUGCUUCUCCAAUUCUGCUGCUGUGCUGAGUGAAGCCAUGGUUUGGUCUGAAGUGUUGCCUUAACCCAGAUUCCUGGUUUCACUCCCCCAGACAAACCACAAGCUAUAACCAAGGUUUAUCCUAUGGGCUUACAGUUCAUGGUUUGCAUGAGAGAUUUAAGCCAUGAGCCUGGGUUCACACUAAGACAGGCAUGGCCAAACUUGGCCCUCCAGCUGUUUUGGGACUACAACUCCCAUCAUCCCUAGCUAUCAGGACCAGUGGUCAGGGAUGAUGGGAACUGUAGUCCAAAAAAACAGCUGGAGGGCCAAGUUUGGCCAUGCCUGCACUAAGACAACCCAUAGUUUCCACUCAGUGCAGCAGCAGAACAACUGGAGGAGGAGUUAAGUGACCAUGAUCUCCCCUCUGGAAGCCCACACGUUGGCUCAUCUUUGCCAAGCCAUAGUUUAGCUUAGCUCCACAUCUGAAUGAGGCAGAGCAGGUAACACUGGUUGUCAGACUUGGAACUGCCCCUCACCCUCCAGGGGUUGUUUCCCUGUAAUUCCCCACUCUCCUCUUCUCCCCACCCUAACAGCUCCUCAGGAACAGUUUGAGUGUUUGGGAGGUCUGCAAUAUAUUUGAGCUGUUUUUCUUCUGGCAGCAUUUAGCCUUGCAUUGAUUAUCACAAUAUAUUUUAAGUUGGUUGUGCAUUGCUAGUUUAAAGAGUAAAUCAAGCCAGCCUACACAAAACCAUAUUUGAGGGCAGUGACGUGGGUUUUCUGGAAAAUUUGGAUAAUUUGCAUGAGAAUUUUUUCAGAUGCCAAGCUUGUUUUAUAUCAUAAUUUGCAGUUAGCAUCCAUUCGUUGUUGCUAAAGAACUUGCAAAAUGAGGAAAAAUUCCAUCCCGCAUUACUGAGGAGGACCUUGUAUCAUGCUGCUUGUUGUUCUUCACAUCCCAUACACGCAUCUUUCUUUUUUGGGAAGUUGGAAAUUAUGCUGAUGAAGGGAUAAAAGCCACAAACAAUCUAAAUAAAUGGGAUACGAUGUAGCCAACCUGAGUGCUUUUGAAGCACAAUUGAUUUCAGUAGGAGCAAUUCAUAUCCCUUCCAUUGGAAUCAAACGGACAAAUGUCUAAAUUUGGUGGAUUGUACCUGAGUAGUUGUUGAACCGUAUGUGCCUACUAUUUUGGUGCAGGCUUGUUUCUUUCAAGAGCAGUUGGGUAGAACUCUGUCCACACUCACCCCUUCCCUUUCUGUUAAAAAAAAAGAAAGACUGUUGACUUUAUGGUACUAAGAUUAGGUAGGAAUGCUGCUGUUAAAUGAUUCUUAGAAUAAUCAUGAACAUUUGAAGUACGGUCUACAUGUUAGCAUUUUGAAUGGCAAACGGGAAGAACUGUUCCUCUGAAACGUUCAUAGGAUGGCUUUGGAGCCAACUGAUUAAGUUAGUAGUACUAGGUGGCAUUUGUCCAAGAAUUCUAAAAAUUCAAACAUGAAACUGCUGAGCUACUUACUCUGGUAUGUUUCUCUGUGUCAUCAGUCUCUGUACUACAGGGUUGGAAAGCAACUUUCUUUCUUUCUUUUAAAAAGGUUCUAGGAAUUUAUCCUGGAAUAGUAAACAUGAUUUUAAAACUUAGCUUUUUCACUUUUAACCAGAAUAGCUGUGCUAGGGGGUUUAAAGUGAGCAUAGGUUUGGUAAAAGAAAACACCUUAUGUGAUUUGCAUGGAUAACCAAUUUGGAUAUGUAAUGAAUGUAGCCAUUUCAUAGGUGCAGUUUUUUGGAUGCACUGCAAGCUGCCUUCUCCUGAGAACAGAGUUAUAAAAAAUGAAAGCUAGCAGCGGCUCAUCAGUUUGUUAAAAGGCAAGAGGUAGAAUGUAGGCCUAUAAACAGUCACUUUUCACAGUGUGGAGACGUGAACAUCCAGCAGGCUCAAAGGAAGCAGGUAGCCCCCAUGGGUCUAGAUUAAAUCUCUAUUGGAGAAUAGCCUCUACCAAAGGCAAAAGGGAGAAACGUGCUAAGAGGAAGGUAUAUUUGGCAAACCUUCACCUUGAUCAACUCCCUCCCGGAAACCUAUGUCCCUACUGUGGAAGGAUGUGCGGAUCCAGAAUUGGCCUCCACAGUCACUUGAAGACUCAUAGUUAGCACCAUAUUCAUGGAAGACAAUUUUACUUGGCUAUGAGUAAUCACCAAAGAGAAAGAAAGAGAUUAAAAGCUGUGGGAGAAUGGGCUUAGGAGCCGCUCGUUCUGUACUAAAGCAUAACUUUGUUGUUAAUCCAGAAGAAUCUUGCCUCUCUUGUUAAAAAAAAUAAUGAAAUGAAAAUUUGUGGUUCUGAGAUUCUAGUUUGAUUUUAUUUGAAGAAAAUGAUACGAAAGUCUGUUCCCAGUACCUUCUGACAUAAGUGCUCUCCUUUCGAUCUUUCAUUUCCCGUAGGAUGUCGUGAAUGGUUACCACUGCAUGUGCCCCCCUGGUUUCAUAGGAAAGAACUGCGAAACAGAAGUUGAUGAAUGCAUGAGCAACCCAUGUCAAAAUGCAGGGCGUUGUGAGAACUUGGUGAAUGGAUUCCGCUGUCUCUGUCCUCAAGGCUUCUCAGGAGAUCUCUGUGAGGUGAAGGAUCCCUUGGCCUUCUUAAUAGCUUUGAUGGAUUGAAUUCUGGAAAGAGUCCUGUUAUAAUUUAAGCCCGAGCAACCCAUGGCUGUGUAAUUAGAUAAUUGCCACUCAGCUGUUCACUUUACUGUCCCAUGUAAACAGACAAACUUCUGCAGUAAAAUCUCAGUAGCUAAGGUCAUAAUAUAUUUGGAAUAAGCAUCUAUUAGUUACUGAAAAUAUCAAUGUGAUGAUUUUUUUAUAGGGGUCUGAUUUUUACACUAUGUGCCUGCCACAUUCAUAAAUGCUAAACUUUCAUAUGGGCUAGAAAUCAGAUUCCAAAUUUAACGUGGCCAAUUUGUGUGCAUUCAUACUGCUGUGUGAAUUUUCUAAUGUGUUUGGACAAGUAUAUUCUAUUGUGAUACGUUCCAGAGAUAAAUAGUGUAGCUUAUCAUAUCCUGGGGGAAUAACUAACUGCUCCAUGUCUGGGUUUCGCUGCAGGAAAAUAAAUUUUUCAUUAAAAGGAUACAAAUGCCCUUGCAAUAUUCCCCACUAGGGAGUGUUGAAUUUCCCCUCUUUUAUAUUCCGAAAAUGAUAUGUGAUAGUUCUGAGAAAGAUAGUUCUAAAUCAAGAGUAGGUCAGGGACAACUUCCGCUGUCUGCAAAAGGACUUUUCAGGUGGACAUAGAAUAAUAGAAUUGUAUAUUUCAUUGAAAGUUUUCGUCCAAAUUUCAAAUCUAGGAACUUUUAUCAGAUAGGUGCCAUGCUUUUUCUAUGUCUGCCUUGCUGACAGGUAGAUAGUGCUUAAAGUAAAUGCAGUUGGUACAAGAAUACUGUAUUAAGAUUAAUAAUUUCCUUAAAAGGAUUUGUCUUUGUAAAUGCUUACAUGGCGCAAGGCUUGUUUAAGUUUGUCCCUUUUCAUCACCAUAAUAGUAACAAAUCAGCUUUAAACCACCUUGCUUAAAUGUACACACAGAAUUAGAAGAGCGAGCCUUUUUUCUCUCCCUACAAUCUGAAUCCCCUGCUAAAUUCUCCCAACAGCUGUGUCGGCACAUGCUUUUCAAACAUUUUCCCAUCUUGCAGAGAAGAUGCCAGCCCAGGGGAAAAAAAUUGUUGGGAGAUUCUCUGAAAAUGAUACAUGUAAUCCCUAUCUGUAUAUUGCAUUUUGCAUAAUAUUGGGGGGGGGGAGAGAAGUCAAUCUUAACGUAGCAAUACACCCUCUCGUCUUAGCAAAAGUGACACUCCGUAAUUUAUGCUUCUGGUGUAAACAAAAACUUGAUUUGGACUGGAAAAUGCUUUUGUUACUGGAAAGCUACAGCCCUUAUAAGUGUGUGCAACCAAUUUGUAAAGACUGAAGUAACUGCAACAAUUUUAACAUGCAACGUUAUGUGUUGGCAUACUUUAGGAAUGUUAACCCGUGUUGUCUUAAACCUUUUGCAGCUUGAUAUUGAUCUCUGCAAGCCUAGCCCUUGCCAGAAUGGAGCUAAAUGUUAUGAUCUGCGAGAAGACUAUUAUUGUGCUUGCUCCGAUGACUAUGAUGGAAAGAACUGCUCUCACCUUAAGGAUCACUGCAAAAAUAAUUCGUGUAAAGGUAUAUUUGUCCUGUAAACCUGUUUACUUGGUAGUAGCUAAGUAUCUACCGUAGAAGCCAUAUAAAAAUGGACAUCUUGCAGGAAAGGUGGCCGUUGGUUAAAUUGCUUUUUUUCUUAAUUGUGACAAGUCUUGCAAGCUUAAAAAUGUAAAAGCAAGCAAUACAGUUUGCUUUUAGCAGUAAAACUAAAACUCUAGGAAGGAAAAUAGAACAAGGUACAAAAACUAGAAUGUGCCAUCCUUCCUAUGGAAAAUUAAAUGAAAGGGGGGAAACAUUGCCUUCUUUUAAUGUACCCUUUUAGGCCCAGCUCUCAAAUCUGCUUGUGAAUGAAGUUUCUUAGAGCAUUCUAAAUAUGCCUACUAAAUAUUAGGAAGACUUAAUGAAAUGCUGUGCGCUGCAGGUGAAAAAGCUGCAUUGGAAGGUGGACUGUAUCCAGGAUUUGUUUUCUUUUACUUAAAAGCCAUAUGUCUUGUUCUUAGUAAUAGACAGCUGUACAAUAGAGGUCUUCACAAAUGCUACCCGGAAAGGCGUCCGAUUAAUUUCCUCCAGUGUAUGUGGACCCCAUGGACAAUGUGUCAGUCAACCAGGAGGCAAUUUUACUUGUGCCUGCGAGAAAGGCUUUACUGGAACAUACUGUCAUGAAAGUAAGUGGCAGCGGAAAAAAAUAUUUUAUUAAAAACUAAGCUGGUAUGUACGUUGUUGCUGUUGCUGCUGCUGUUAUUUCGAUUUAUAUGCCACCCUUUAUCAAAAGAUCUCAGGGCGGUGUACAGCAUUAGAAACACAUUUGUUUUGAAACGAUUUAGAGUGAGAGCUUAGGCUCCUAAUGGGAUUUAAAGGAUUUCAUUCCUAGGUCAUUGGUUCAGGAUUCAAAGCUUGAUCAUGGCAGACCAUUUCUAUUAACAGGAAAAAGGCAGGUGUCAUACCACGGACAAACAUCAUUGUAGUGCAAAUAUUAAAUGGCAGCUACUUCCUCCUGAAUUCUUGAAGACUGAUUGGAUAAUUAGUCAAACGCCAUGGUUCUGUGGUUGUUUCUGUUUCUUUAAAACAUGCUGGGUACCAUUUCAGCAGUUAACAGCAAAACAAUCGCCUGUUACAUUCACACAGAAGGCAUCUUGUAGUCAAACAUUGGUUCUAUUUGGCCACCACCCUCAAAAAGUGUAUUAGUGGGUUAAACCACAGAGCCUAGGACUUGCUGAUCAGAAGGUCGGUGGUUCGAAUCCCUGCAAUGGGGUGAGCUCCCGUUGCUCGAUCCCUGCUCCUGCCAACCUAGCAGUUUGAAAGCACAUCAAAGUGCAAGUAGAUAAAUAGGUACCGCUCCGGCGGGAAGGUAAACGGUGUUUCCGUGCGCGGCUCUGGUUCGCCAGAAGCGGCUUAGUCAUGCUGGCCACGUGACCCGGAAGCUGUACGCCGGCUCCCUCGGCCAAUAAAGCAAGAUGAGUGCCGCAACCCCAGGACUGGACCUAAUGGUCAGGGGUCCCUUUACCUUAGAUCAGAAUCUACAGGAAGAUCUUGGGGAGAUUUGUAGUAGACUAGCAAGGGUUUCCAGCUUUCAAAUGUUUUAAAAUAGCAACUCCCCCAAAACCAGCUGAAACAAAAUUUGGAGAGGACUGGAGUUUUGUGUGGCAGAACUUGGAGGUUAGUUCUGGCAUUGAAUAAAUUCUGGACUGAGCAUGUGCGCAGAAGCAUCCUUUUCCUUUGUGUUCUUUGUUCCCUGAUCCACAACUUCACACCUUUCUCCAGUUGAGCUCCUGGUACCUAAAAAUUAUUCCCAUCUCUGUUCUACAAGCUGACACACCUUUUCCAGCUGGAACAAUCAUGACUUUCCUCAAUAGAUGAACACUCUUGUGGUGGCUUGUCACACCAAAUAAAAUGGUUCCAGUGGUGAUUGUGCAUUGUCUUCCUUAGAUAUCAAUGACUGCCUUGGAAAUCCAUGCAAAAAUGGUGGGACCUGCAUAGAUGAAGUUAAUGAUUUCAGGUGCUUCUGCCAGACAGGCUGGGAAGGAAAACUGUGCGAUAUAAGUGAGUACAACAAAAUGUUUAAAUAGCAGAAGUAGUCAUGAGUAGGGAUGAGGCAGAAUUUUGUUUUGGUUCACAUUUUAAUGCAAAUCUACUUAAUUCACAUGUCCUAAAAAUGCAAGCUGGAGUACAGCUGUCCCUCAGAAUUCACACUUCUCCACAUUUUACACACUGCAAUUCUGCAAUCAGAUAAUCUGUGCAAAAACUCAUAGUUUAGGGUAGGUACCUAAAAUGCAGUUUACUACAAACAAGUGGUGUGUAAAUUUUGUUAAUUGUAAAAAAAUAAAUUUAAAAAAUAUGUGGGUGAAAAUAACAAAAAUGCAUUAGGAUUAAUUGCUUGCAAAAUGUGUAUAUCAGGGAACAUUAAAUAUAAUGCUGAUGAAUGUUGACUGGAGAACUGAAUUUAAGAUUGGAAAAGUGAGAAACCUUGAGAAGCUAAAACUGUUAACCUUGUCCAUGCCUAGCCAGGAGACUGACCCUUACCUGCAGCCCAAGUUUUACUCAGAAGUUUCCUGGAGCUUAUUUCAGGAAAAUAAAUUUAAGAUUAUAGCCUUAAACUCAGGUAAACUUGUUUUUCAUCUGACCAAGAGUUCCAGAGUGCAUGCCUAAUUUAAAAUCACACACACCCCUACAGAAAGAGGAAAAUGGCUCUACUUAUCCAGACUAUUUUUCUUAAGAAGAGUUUGUCUCUGUGAUCUUGUUUGAUAGCUCUCAAAAUAGAAAAGGUUAAUUCAGAGAAAACAUCUCCUAAGUGCUAACAGUACCAUUUGUAUCUUUCUAAAUAUGAACUGUCCUUUAUAUCAGAAUGAUUUGAUUUCUGUUAAUUAAACAAUAUGUUAUGACACCGUAAUUCAUUCUGGAGCAUAUAAAAUAAUUACCAUUUGAGCAGAAGCCUGGGACCUAAUUUUUACUGUUCCACUUUAAACACUAUAAAGUGUUGUGUCUAGACCAAACUGAUCAGAUUCUUUAUGGAUGUGAGUACAUGAAGAAGCUCCUUUAUACCGAAUCAGAUUACUAAUCCGGGUUGCCCAGUGUUGGCUGCUGACUGGCAUUGCCUGUCUACUGUGUCGGGCAGAGUUUCCUUUUCCAGCUCUACAGCAUGAGAUGCUUUAACUGGAAAGGGCAGGGGUUCUGGAUGUGAAGCAAACACUUGUCUUACUGAUCUGUGGUCCUCCCAUAGAAUUAGCAGGGUUGGGAAAAGGGGGUGAUGUAAGGUGCUGAGAUUUCAAACAGUGGUUUGAUUCAAAAGACUUUCUGGUUUGGUGCCCAGGAGUCAAAAGAGCCUAGUCUAUGGUUUAAAGUAGGAUUUGCCUUCUGAUUAAAAUAUAGUACUAUAUAAAUACUGAGAGUCUUAAUCUCAGGGUUGUGGGUUUGAGCCCCAAGUUGGGCAAGUGAUUCCUGGAUUGCAGGGGUUUGGGCUAGAUGACCCUCCCUUCCAACUCUGCAGUUCUGUGAUUCUAUUAAUCUCAUCUUGGCUUCUUAGGUCAUUUAAUACUGAAAACAGUGUCUAAUUGCUCCUGCACAAGCCAUGUUACUGAGAUAGACAUCUCUCUUUUGGUAUUCUUUUCAAAAAUUAAUUUCUGCCUCUUUUGCUAAAGUACUUCUUCCUUGGAAUUUUUUAGAUUUCAAUGACUGCUUGCCAAAUCCAUGUCACAAUGGAGGCCGAUGCAUUGAUUUAGAGAAUGACUUCUAUUGUGAAUGUACAAGUGGCUGGAAAGGCAAAACAUGCCAUUCAAGUAAGUGUGCUUUAGAUGGUAUAGUUCAGCUCAAACCCAGAAGUUAAAAGAGGAAAGUAUUGUAAAGUAACUGAAGUAGCUUUGAAGGGACUCUAAAGAACUGCAGAAAGGGAUUUGAUGAAGAGAGUCAUGUACAAACAAGUCCAAUCACUGUCUGCUUUUCCCCAAAUGAAACCACUAAGGUUUUUUUUAAAAAAAAAUUGGCACACUAUAUUGAAGCUGAAGAAAGAAAGUUUGGAAUCCUGUCAUAUCAAAAUGAAAACUGCAGCUCUGCCCAAUGCUUGUGGCAUAAUUUUAUGAAAUUAAAACUAAUUUCAAACUGUCUUUUGGAGCAAUUAUUUCCAUGGAUGAGUGAAUCAUUUAUAUACAUAUCUACUCAUUUAGGUUUGUUAGCCCCAUGCCAUCCUGAAACCCCCUGAGUUCUAGUGCAUAAAACAAACACCCCAAAGAAUAAGCUAUAAACAUUUUUGCUUGUACGAUUCCAUAGUAGUGUAUCUGGCUCUAACAAAACAUUCAUCUCUGGUUCCUAAAGCAAAAAAAAAAAAAAAAAAAAAAAACCUUAGACAUGCGAUUAGCUGCUUAAAUUUGUUUUCAUGGAUUUUUAGGUGAGUACCAGUGUGACGCGAAUACUUGCACAAAUGGAGGAACGUGUUACGACGACGGGGAUACUUUUCGGUGCUCUUGUCCUCCGGAAUGGAAAGGAAGCACUUGCAACAUUGGUAAGUGCUUAAUCUGCUCAGUAAUAUAUUCAGAUUGGAUGUACGUCUGCUUUGCUCAGGAAGCUAACUAUAAACAGCCUGUGCUUUUUUCCCCCCUUCCCCAAUCUCAUUAGUGAUCAGGGGAAAACAUGGUUAGAACAUAAUAGUAAACAGGAACCCUUUACUAGUCUUGCUUUUGCUUAGCGAGCUCUCUUCCGUCACAAAAAUUACAGGCAGUUUUGACUAUAACUGCACAGGAGAAGAAGUAGAAGUGGCCUUCUUCAAGUUGGCUACCCUAGAACCAUUUUGAAGCCAGAGCUGUGGGAGGAACCGUCAUUUCUCUGAACAGAUAUGGGUAAAAAUAUAUUUUGGCAACAUCAAGCUAUCGUUGACACAUUUAGAAUACAGUGGUACCCCGGUUUAUGAACUUAAUCCGUUCCUGAAGUCCGUUCUUAAACCGAAGUCGUUCUUAAACUGAGGUGCGCUUUCCCUAAUGAGGCCUCCCGCCGCUGGUGCCCUUUCACCGUUCGGCUUCCGUUUGUAGACCGAGGUAAAGUUCACUAACUGGAACACUACUUCCGGUUUUGCGGAGUUCGUAAACCGAAUAGUUUGUAAACAGGGCUGUUCUUAAACCGAGGUACCACAGUAUAUAAGGUUGCAGGUUCAAUGCCUAUAAGGGAUCACUACAUAUUCUUCCAUUGCAGGGGAUUGGACUGAAACAUGGCACACACAUGGAGUCAGAAGUGUGGUUUGUUGGUGCCAAGGGGGGCAGUGCCCGGACUACAGAAUUCUCCCUGAGGGAGGCUCGCCUGCCUUUUUUUGAUGCUGGCUUUUAAAUAACCUACAAAAGCUCAUUUCAUUUUGGCAGGCUUUUGCUGACAAUUGUAGUGUUAGGUUAUUGACUAUUGUAUCGAUGUAACCAGCAUUGGGGUUUAAAAACUAAAAGGUGGGAUUAAAAUACGUUUCAUAAGACUGAUGCAGUACUAGGACUUUUGGCUGAAUGCUUUCAUAUUUUUAAUUUCCUAUUUUUUUUUGUUUUUAACAUUAAAGCUAAGAACAGCAGCUGCCUUCCUAACCCUUGUUUAAAUGGUGGAACCUGCGUUGGCAGUGGAGAUUCCUUUUCUUGCAUUUGUAAAGAAGGUUGGGAAGGACGUACGUGCACACAGAGUAAGUGUUUUCCUCUUUUGUGUCAAGACUGACACUUCUAAUGGCUGUAGAUUAUUCCGAUUUGGGCCCAAUUCCCAAUGGUUUCACUCACAAGGAUCCUGGAAACAUGCAAGCCUACUCACCACAACAAGGUGGCGAUCCGGCGAGUGAGUGGCUUUUACAGAUAAAGCCCUAAAUGGACUGUGGUAUCUCAAGGACCUCACCCCCCCCAAUUGACCAACCUGGACCCUGCAAUAAUCAUCUGAGGCCCUUCUUUGUGUACUUCCUCUAUGAGAGGUCCGGAGGAUGACAACAUGAGAACCGGCCUUUUCUGUGGUGGCUCCACGUUUGUGGAAUGCUCUCCCCAGGGAGGCUUGCCUGGUAGCUUUCGUACAUAUUUUUAGGCACCAAGCGAAAGCAUUUCUCUAUAACCCGGCCUUGGGCAGGUUCUCUGACCUUUUAAAAGUGGGGUUUUUGGGGGGAGGGGGUUAUUUGGUUUGUUUGUGUUUUUGUUUUGUUAUGUAUUUUGUGUUCUUACUUUGUAUUUUUAUGUUGUGAACUGCCCUGUGAUCUUUGAAUGAAGGGCAGUAUACUAAUAAUAAUACUAAUAAUAAUACUACUACUAAUAAUAAUAUAGUAAUAAUACCUCUUGUUCAAAAUAUCCAGAAAGCUCAUUAUUUCUUACGAUUGGGAGUCCUGCAUAUCACUAGCUUUUGAGACGGAACUAUAUAAAUCAUGUCGGAAUAUUUUCCUUAGUACUACCUUGGGAGAUUUUAACUAGCAUGCCAAUAUGCUGAUUUGCUUAGGUGUGGCACAGUUUGAGUUUGUGGCUCAAGUCGGAACAUGCACAAAAUGUUAUACCUAGUCAAAAACUUCAACCCUGCAUUGAAAUUACAUUUAAUUGCCUCUGUCUUGGUUAAGUUGUUAGCCCUCGCCACUGUUUAUGGUGCAUGGAGCUACCAUUUAUUUAUGCCUAAAACAGCUGGCUAGGAGAGGGAGGGAAGCUGUUCUGGUAGUGGCUCCAUGUGAGGGAGCAAUCUGUGAUACCUGGAAAUGACUUCUUGCUGUUCUUCAUUCAGCAACUAUUCUAGAGCUAUUUAAACUAUUGCCUUACGCACUUUGCAAGUUGAUUAGAUAGGAGAGGAAGUUUCCUCAACACACUUCAAUCUGGAAUUUAGCUGCGUAGUCGAAAGGUCAGUGGGAGGUGGAAUCUAGUUGAAAGCAAGGAAAUCCUUAAUUCAAAUAUUGUCUUGUGUUAAGUGGUCAUUACACAAAUUACAAGCCCAAAGUUCUAAAUAUGGGAUCUAGCCCAGAUUACUUCUACAAGGUGUGGUUUACAUACAUAGCCUUAUAUAGUGGGAAAUGACAUAAAAGCUGGUACUUGCUCAGCAUAUAUUGAGAAAUGAAUUCAGAGGUCCCAUGCCUCCUCUUAAAAAUACAUUUGUUUUCCCUCAUUAUAUUUUGAUGGACCUUACAAUACAAUUCUCCUAUAUUGCUGAUAGCCACAUUUAAGAGUUGAAGUGGUGCCUUUACUGUCUAAAAUGUGUCAUUUUUGAGGUUGGUAACUGAUGUUUGUGUGCCACCUAUACCUGCAACAGUCAUGUGACAUUUCCAUAGCGCUGUCAUGUGAUGAGAGCACAUGUAAUGACAUUGGUCACACACAACAGAAAACCGUGGUUUAGUGGUACUCAGCAAGCUUCUAGGAGCCCAAGCAAAACCUUGGAGUUGCGUGCUCUCCCAUUUUCCUCCUGUACAGUCCAUCUUCUCCUUCUACAUAUGAGAGGAAGACUUCUGAGUUUAGUUUUACUUUUAACAAUUCACUGUUUAACAUUUUUAAUGUGUGAAGUUUUAUUCUGUUUUUAAUGUUCUGUUGAAAGCCGCCCAGAGUAGCUGGGGAAACCCAGCCAGAUGGGCAGGGUAGAAAUAAAUUAUUAUUGUUGUUGUUGUUGUUGUUGUUGUUGUUUAUUACAGACCAGGGAUUCUGUUUUAAAACUCUAUAGUUUCUAAAUGAGCCAAUAAAUUAAUAUGGGUGGCAUGUAAGAAAACUGUGUGUACAUAGACCUGCUAGAUCAAGGUGCAGUUUUUAUACUGUGUACAUAAUUCAGUGCACUGAUUCAGUUUAAUUUUCUUUGUUCAGAUAUUAACGACUGUAAUCCACAUCCAUGGUAAGUACUCAUGAUCAUUCUUUUUUCAAAAUGUCCUAGUACAAUGGCUGAAUGUGAACAAUUCUGUUAAUCAAGGCUACUUAAGCCCUAUACUCUAACUAUUGUGCUGGUCUUUCCAAUGAACUUCCUGUAUUUCUUUGCUAACUGGCAGCUCUGCCAAUACGUAUGCUCCUAUGGAGCCUGGUUUCUGCUCCGUAGUGGUAAUAUGAGAUUUGUAGUUUGAAAAGUUCUAUGAAAUUAGCCUAAAAAAAAUAAAAAUUGAAAAAUCACACUAAAGCUAUUAGGUUCCUUCAGUUAUAGGUAUUUGGCAUUUGUGUCAAGAGUAGGAGUUUAAAGUGGGAAGACGGUAACAAAGCAGAAAGCGCAUAAGUGUUAACCAUAAUGAAUAUUGACAUGAAAAUAAUACCAAUGGUUUUAUAAUUGAGCAUUUGAGGACACAGUGUAUACGAAAGAUUCCUGUCCCCAUUUUGACUAAAUCCUUGCAUUUGAAGGGCUGAAAAGGACCUCUGCCAUCUGGUUGAACGUUGUUCUGCCCCACAUUUUUAGAAGCCAAGUUGUAAAGUUGUAAAUUAAUUGUCAUCAAUGAGACGGUGUGCUACAGAUAGAAGAUCUUAGACAUAUCAGGCUUCAUAAAAAUAGUUCAUACCAUUUCAGAUGAUGGUAGAAAGCUGCCUGCUCUGGAAGAAGUCUCAAAGGCUAGCUAGCUCAGUAUCCAGUCUGACCCAAUCAGCAGGAAUUCCCAGCAGCAUAUAUGAGUGGCUAGUUGACCCUUAAGUGUGAAGAACCAGCUGCCCAUCCUCUUAAAAGCUGCCUCGCUCAUGUUAGGGAUGAGGAGAGAAUCCAGAAAGCUGUAUCUCCAAAGUGGACACACCCUACCCAAUUACUCUGAAGCCCACACUUGCCAGAUUCCUAGCCUCCUGCAGAUUUGCACAUGAGGUGGUCUGACAGCUGCUUGUCUGUCGUCAGCUUUCACUGUUUUUAAAAAAGGUAAUUUCAACUGCCUAAGGGUGGCUAGCUAGCACAUGGGGCUCCUCUCGCCUCUCACUUUGAAAUCAAUGUAGAAAGCCCACCUGCGAGGAGUUGGUCUUGAUGAUAUGCUGUUGGUCUCAGGUAACUUUAUGUUCAAUUUCCCCUGAUAUUCUAUAAGGGGGAAUUGGAUGUAAAAUGCACAUAAAAUUUCUCCUGAGAGCCCAGGCGCAUCAUCAGAACUUCUCUGCUCUGGCGACUUGCUACAUUGAUUUCAAUAUGUGAAGCAGUAGGAGCCUCACACUGCCACUAGCUUACCUUAGGCUGCCAAAAUUAUGUUUUUAAAAACAACAGAAGAUGGGCAGACACCUCGUAAUCUUUUUCUUAAUUUGUAUGUUUAAAAAAUCUGCACCGUUUUAGGGAUUUAUAUGGAUUUGUCCUCAAAGGCACACCUGGAAAUGAAAUAGAAGAGACUUUAUUCCCAUCCCAUUAUGAAGCAGACUGACACAGAUUUUGCCCCUGUGUCCAUCCAUAGCUGGGGGAUACAGGUCCCGUUUCCACAGAGUGUUGUCCUCAUAUCUCAGUCAUGCUUGUCUUGAAGCAAAACAGUGCAGACAUCUAGGGAAUGUUCCUGGGAGUGAGCCGCAACUGGCCAGUGCUCACUUCAUAUGUUAAAUUUUGAUGUGUUUGCGUCUCCACUCUUUCCAGUCAAAUAUUACCAAAAGGAUGCAUGUUGAAGAUACAAAGGCAACACAUGCUUUCCCCUUGUAACGUGCAAAGCAGCCUUCAAAUUAUUCAGAGAAAUAAUUUCUAUCCCUUCUUUAUAGUCCUUAUCCAGCCAUUUUUAAAAGGACAUUGUUCCUUCCACAAUCUCAGGAAAGCUGAUUGCUAUCUGCUUAUUGAACAGCACAGUUCUCCAGUGCCUCUUUGUCUUUCAGUAUUCCUGCCCUGUGUAUAAUAAUUCAGACUUUGGUGUACUGUACUUUGUCUACAAGUUGCAAAGCUUCCAAGUCUUGUUCCCGGCCCGUGAUGGUUGUAGAGUUUCUGGAACCUGCUAUAACUGCAUUCAGAAGCUCUGCAGUCAUAGGAAUCUGGAACAUGACAACCUUUUUUGAUGCAGUAAUCUAAAUGUAAUGAAGCAAGUGGAUUUUAAAAUGUCAAGUUAGCUUUGUAAUGAGUACACAUUUCUAAAGCUGUGUCUUUGCUUAAAAAGCAAUUGGUCUAAGAAUUAUUCUAUAUUGCUCCUUGUAUUCUUUAAAGCAUGUCUGUCCCAUUGUCUUUCCAUUUUAUUAAAAAAUAUGGGGUUUGAAUGAAAACUGAUUCAAUGCUACCCUUAAUAUGCUGCUUCUCUUAAUGGGAAUAGACCCCCUCCUCUGUGCCACUGAUUAUUUAAUUAACAAUGUUUAAUUGGAGAAGUUAAGACAAUGCAGAUGGUUUAUUAAAUGGGCGUACGUUAUGAAUUAACUAAGCAUCUUGAAUCCUGCAUGACUGAAUAGUGAGACAAUGUCUGUUGAUACAAAUAAAAGAAAUUUGCAUUUGAACAGGCCAUUAUGUACACAAACCCAAAGGUUCUUAUCUCUCAGCUUGUGAAACUACCCUGACAGCCUUCAUUGCAAUGAUAGGUCUUUUAUUGUUACAGUUACAAUGGAGGCAUCUGUGUUGAUGGUGUGAAUUGGUUUCGUUGUGAAUGUGCACCUGGGUUUGCUGGUCCAGACUGCAGAAUUAGUAAGUACCUGCGUAAGGAAAGGACCAAGGAGGUCGUGCCAUUGACCUGAACUCUUUGUUGCAUUGUACCCUUUGAGUUUCGAUGCAUUAAGCACUCGUCAUCUGUAUCCCAAAUAAUGAAGCAGAAGCUAACUGAAUUAUUCACAGAUGCUGACCCUUACCUUGUAAAGAAUGGGGACCGCUUUGUUUUGGGACAGAAUUCCUUUCUUCAUUUGACAAAUGCAACUAACAGUGAUUUGGCAAAAACUGUAUUUAAGCUGUACACCCCAGCCCUUAGUGAAACCUUUAGACAGUAUCCAUAAACAAAGCAUUGGUAUUUUUUUUAAUAGGACUUGCCCCUUGAAGUGUAUCUUUACAUGCAUUUCACAUGCUAAAUAUAUGCUGCUUGGAAAAAAUAGUAAUGUUCUGAUAUCUUCCUUUUGUAAGAAUGCAUACUAAAAAUGGUGUAACCUAUCCUGAAUCUUUUAGCGGCAAUGCAACUCCAGUAGAACAUCUUAAUUCCUGGAAUGCUCAGCAGUGUUGCUAGAUCAUCGGGACAUAAAUGUUAGCUAGCAUGCACAGCCACAGGUUACACAUGAUACUGACUAGUGCUUCUACAGAUGAGUCCUCUUACUUUUUAGCAUUCUGUAAUACUGUAUAAAGCCUGUUUUCUUCCCUUUCAGAUAUUGAUGAAUGCCAGUCCUCUCCGUGUGCAUACGGUUCUACGUGUAUUGAUGAAAUAAAUGGCUACAGGUGCAUUUGCCCCCCUGGGCGAGCUGGAACUAGAUGCCAAGAAGGUAACUUAAUGCUUUAAACUGAGAGCAAUAAAUAUCAAAUGCUACUUUGCAGUGUCUUACACAGCAGCAUGUGCUAUAGCUUAUCUGUUACAUGAACUUGGUAUUCUCUUUUGGCUUGAUCCAAUACUUAGAAUGAAAACUAUUCCCUGUUCUUUCUCUCUUUCUCUCCCCCCCCCCCCCAAGUGAUAGGAUUUGGAAAGUCUUGCUGGCUUAAAGGAACAUCCUUUCCCCAUGGCAGCAGAUGGGAUCAAGAAUGCAACAACUGCCACUGUCUGGAUGGCCACAUUGACUGCACCAAGGUAGUUACAUGAAGUUGAAAGCUAAAUCAUUUAAAUUCCCUAUUCCUUCAAACUUUUCAACCCCCACCGCACUCACAUGUCAGCUUCAUUAAUUUACUUCUGUGACAUUUUCAGCACAUGGUUGCAUUGAGAACUGCUACUCCCCCAUCCCUUUGCUCCCUCCAAGUUUCACCUGAUAUUCACUUAAUGCGCUUAAUACUUAUUAUAACUUAGGCUUGACAUCCCUCUUGCUCAGGAGACAGUGGAACAGGGGUCCCCAAACUAAGGCCCAUGGGCCGGAUAAGGCCCGAAAGACUCGUUUAUCGGGCCCGCGGCAACCCCCACUGCCCGCUCUUACUGGUGCUGUGCUGCGCUGCACGGCUGCCCACUUCCGGGUUGGAGGAGCACUGGAAAUAGCUUGUGCGCAUGCGCAGGCAUUAUUUUUGGUGCACAUCCGGGUUGGAGGAGGCCUGUGCACAUGCACACAAGCUAUUUCUAGUUCUUCUCUGACCCGGAAGUGCGCUGGAAAUAGUGUGUGUGCACGUGUAUGGGCACGCACUCCCCCACUCUCCGGCCCGCCGCGCAAUCCCUGCAGUGGAAUAAUCCCUGUAAUGAUUGUAUGCACAAUGUAAAGAAAUCAGUUUGAUUUGAGUGGCAUUGCUGAGCCUAGAAGUGCAAGUCUCGGUGCUUUGUAAUAAUCACCUGAGAUAGGAGAUGAGCAUUACAGUCUCCCAAAUCUUCUGUGGCUUGGAUUAGCUAGAAGAGAAGCCUCCUUGUUUGAACUACAAGCUACUACAUCCCUCAUUUUCAUGAUUGUCCAUUGUUACACGCUGAAAAAAAAACAUCUUCUACAUUCUAGGUGUGGUGUGGGAGAAAAUCUUGUUUGUUGACCAAACAUGGGGACCAUGCUAGUCACCAAUGCUCCAGAGGUCAAGAAUGCCAAGAGAAAAUGUACACCAAAUGUUUCCAACCUCCUUGUGCUGACUGGGGGGAAUGCAGUGAAUCAGAACCUCUUCCUGUCAACAUCAAGUGUCCCCCCAAUUCGGGUUACUUGGACAACAGCUGUGCAAGAAUCACUCUGAUUUUUAACAGAGACAAAGUACCCCAGGUGAGAAUUUAAAGUCUUACAAACAUCUUGACAGAGUUUCUAAGCAAUGCACAACAUUGAAACCUACAAAUCUUGCUUGAAAAAUGUGCUGCUUUAUCACUUCCAGCUGCCUCGAUUUUUCAGGCAUCUGCCAUGGAGUUCAGCUGAGUGAUCCAUAAGAAGGUACCUUAGACUGAGUUAGACCCAUUGGUCCAUCCAGUGGGCUGAUAACUGACUGGCCCUGGCUUUCUCAGUUUUCAGAUAACAAUCUUUCCCAGGGAUUGAACCUAAGGACUUUCUGCGUGCAAAGCAUUUGCUGUACCGCUGAGCCCUUUCCCCUUUGAGCUCCACUGAGCAGAGAAGGGGAAGUGCUGCUUCUAAGCACCAGAAUUGCUCAGCACUAGUUAGUUCUGAAAUAAAGGCUUUGCGUGGGUGCAGAUUAGGGUGCAGUUGUUUUCCUCCUAGGAAAAUCCAUUGAGACUCCUGUGUCUUGGUUUGAGUUAGCUUUGGAUUUAAAGAAAGGUGUGAAUUGUUUGUUUUAAAUGCUCUAAUGCGUUUCAGUGCACUGCCCCAAAGAACGAACAUCAGUGAUAGAUUGCAGUGUAGAGCUUUCAGAAUGAUCCAAGGACGCAAGCCAGUUUUGUGAAGGCUAGGUACAGGUGUUGUGGACCUUGGACUUUUUCCUGUAUUUGCUUUUUAAAGUGUCUUUUAAACAAGUCACCAGCUUUCCAGUCUUUCAAAACUUGCCUUGCUUGUUAGGCCCUUAUCUGCACCAUGGAGUCUUCUGCAGGAUGUUGAGAAUGUUGGGUGUCCUCUGACUUGCCAGUGGCAUCUUCAGUGGGCUACCAUUCCUCCUGCUCCUAGUGAAAAGGAAAUGCAGCAAUCCCAAAGAGCGAGCACAACUUUAGGAAAGCUUUGGAUGCCAGUCCAUAGGAAUUAUUUAUUACUGUCCUUUAUACUUUCCCAUCCAUCACCGUCAUCAGUCAGUGCAGCAGUUUGGAGUUGAGGUUACUUGAUAAGUAACCAAAAGACCAUUUCACAUUGGAUUGACCUGUAAAGUAAGCCAGUGUUAUGCUUUACCUUUUCUACCUAUGAAUUCACAGGACAAACACUUUUGUAGUGUCAGAUUGUUUCCUCCCAGCCUUGAGAAUAAAUUCUGUGGGGGAGGGAGAUCAUCCUGGGAGGUGAACCCCCCAUUCCUUUUGUUCAGGUCUUCAUUAAUACCGCCUGUGAUUUAAGGCGAACUUCAUUUCCCUUCCUAUCUUCCCAGAAGGCUCCAAGAGAAUACAAAACGGUCCAGUGAGAAUGCUGAACAUUGGAGCAGUGCUUCUAAUGUUUUAAGUCCCCUGUUUGUGUGCCUGUGUAUCAAAUGAUACUGGGAGAUUUGGAGCGAAACUUUUUUCUACUUUACUGUUACAUCAAUUUAUCAUUUGUAAAUUGUUCUGAAAUUAGUGUGUACUUUAAUUUUUAUACUCCGGUUUUCUAGAAGAGUUGGUCUUGCUUUCUUUCUCACAGGGCACUACUGUUGAAAAUAUUUGCUCAGAAAUCAGAUAUUUACCAGCCACUAGGUCCGUUUCUAGUGAGAGAAUGCUACUGGUGUUGUGUGAUCUAUCGUACUCCAUAGAAAACGCCGUGGAAGUUGCUAUUGUAAGUAUUAAACUUCUUUCUAAGUGUUAAAAAUGUGUUGUCUGUAGUAGCCUUGAUGAAAGCAGGUGUCAGAAAGACUCAAGACCCUGAGCUAGUUACCAUGAGCUUCAUCAGGAAACCAGUUGAAGACUUUACUUACUUACUUACUUACUUAUUAAAAUAUUUCUGUACCACCAUAUCAUAAAAUAUAUCAAGGCAGUAUACACUGAAACAAAACAUCAUUACAAGGUUUCAUCACUUAAAUAAAAUAAAAUACCAAUAGUCAAUUCAGAUGGCAACUAUUCAAAAGCUAAACAGAUGUUGAGAUGCAUUGUUGAAAUGCGGCCAAAUCUAUCAAAGAAACUGGCAUAAUGACAAGAGCAGAAGUGUUGGGUGUGUGAGUGCGUGAGGCAGAAGGACAAUAGGGUUGAGACCUUCCUUGGGUGAGGGACAGAGGAGCAGAAGGCCUUCAGUUCACAGUUAAUGCAAUUAUGGAAGAGGGCAACGGAUGUCUUGGGUAGGUAGAAGCCAGGGAAAGACUGGGUUUAACCUGGUAGCCACUAUACAAAAAAAUUAAAGCAUUCCACUAAGCGAUCUUUUGCUGCUACCCUGUACAGAGCCAGCUUCAGAACUCCAUUGUAACAUUGCUGGUUACACUAAGACAACUGCUUGAGCAAAACAAAAAAGCAUCAGAGAAUGAAGAGAAGUACUUGAGAUUUGUCUUCAGCCAUCCAUACUUUUAACCCAUAUCUUGGUCAGAUUGUGUACCAAUCAGUUCCCCGGGUACAAGAGCUUUUCUCAUCAUAGCUGUGCCUUGCAAAAAUCCCAUCUGACCUGCUGAACUGAAGCUUGCUUAAAGCAAAAUCUCUUCCAAUUUUACACACAUAUGAUACGAUCUGAUUCAGCAGGUACGACCUGAUUUUUGCAAGGCAAAACAAGGAAAGCUCUCAGACCUUUGGGUGGGGGGUUAAUUGGUUACACAAUAUGGGUCAAGCAAAAGUGUGGGUGACUCCUAGCACUCUGCUGCUUUUCUUAACUGCCAUCAAAUUGUUUUAUGAAUUGUUUUACUGAUUGUAACAUUUAAGUUACUGUGUAUGCCUCUUUUGGUGGUGGAACAAUGGGAUACAUGUUUUGUGUGUUGUUAGUGGUGGUUAUUUGUACCUCGUGCAUCUGACUUAGCUACUCCAGGCUGCUUCCAACAAAUAUACAAACAUAAUAAAAUAUAUAUAAUGCUGGAGUCAAGCGUGAAUUGAGAGAGAGGCUGCUACCUUUUCUUUAUUUAGAAGGAAAACAUUUCAAGUAAUGUAACAAAUCCUGGCCCGUUGUUUUCCGUGUGGCAAAGCAGUUACGAUUACAAACACAGCUCUAUGUCCUCGCUGUUUCUCUGAAAGUGGAAAGUGACUUAGGACCAAAGACUGCUGUUGAUGGAGGAGAUCCUAUUUUGUUUACGUGUGUGUGUAUGCACGCACACACACAAGAGAGAAAGACACUUAAAAUCAGGUGUGGAAGUCUCCGGUUUUUUUAUUGCGGCAGUGGUGCCAGGGAAGAAGGCAUUUAACCCUUCCUGUAAAGAAUUAGCCAUAGGGUGAGGAAACUGUGUGAGCCUCUGUUUCCUCCCCCACCCCCGCUUUUGUGGGAUUAAUAGUAGCUUGUGGGGAAUUUGCACAAGGGAAUAUCUUCAAUUACUCCCUUCCCCGGGUAAAACUGCUCUGACACACAUACACACCACAGCUGUUUUCAACAAACAAAAACCAGAUGGGAUAGCCAAGCACGCAUCCCUCGUGCCACAUCUGUUUCAGGAUUUGAUGAGUAGUUGGUAGGCUCAUUGGGAAAGCUACAUAGUUGGCUCUCUCAAUACAUGGAGCUGGUCAGAAAAUAACAGAUCCUGCUUGUCUCUGUCAGCCCUUAGUGCCUUCAUAGGUUGGAGAAGGGAAGAGCAACGAUUAUAGGAUAUACACGCGAGCAAGCUAGAGGUUGCCCUCCUAAACUUGGUUUCUUUCUACUUGCAACAUGAAUUGCCUAGGAAAUAAACAGUUACCUACAAUUGUGCAGUUCAGAGUUUGGUUGUAGACUUCCCCUGCUGCACUGCUUCUGUUUAAAAAUUGGUUAGUGAAGUCACCAUGAAAUUGCCUCUGAUGCCUCUGGCAGAAAGGUAAGGUGAGUUCAACUUGGGAGAGGGGAAUGAACUUGGAUUCCCUAAGGGCGGAAGGCUGUUAGCUGUCACCUUCCUUGUUAUUAGGGCAAGGGAAAGAGGUCCUCGCGCCAAAAAGUGUAGUAUUGGCCUGAUAUUCUUAGCUGCUCUGCUACAUCUGCAACUAAAGAAUACUCUGUGCUAUGAUGCAAACUGGAAAGCGCACAGUUAUAUAUAACAGAUCAUAUCAUUAGCGUAGAUGCCUAGUUGGAUACCUUAAAAGCCUCCAAACGAUGACUAAGUUUAGCUCAGAGGUGUAAGUAACACGGAAGUUUGUCAGUGUAACUUACCCAUACUGCUCUUAAUGGGCAGGGCGCACAAUGCUAGCAUAAUAUUUCUAUACUGGCGUCAAACCAGCACUCAUCCUUUAGCAGCAAACUGGGAUUCUCAGGAUCUCAGACUUAAGUCUGGUCCCCUAAAUACAAGGUAACAUGGCUAUUUUUUAAAAAAAUACUUCAUUGUAAACUUAAGUUUCCUGUCUGUCUUCUCUGUUCCCAGUCUUUCAUCUCGCAUCAAGAGGAGACCGAUAACAGCCUUAUUCAGAAUGCAGCCAACACUAUAGUAAACACCAUUACAAAGCGACAAAACAGUACAGUUAUGCUGGCAGUAACUGAAGUCAAAAUAGAGACCAUAGUGGUUGGGAAUUCUUCAUCAGGUGAGUUGUGUGUGUCUUAAGUGUUGGGUUAUUUGAUGGCAUAACUCAAGAGUUAAGCUGUGCAUCACAUGCCAUUCCAUGAGGCUUUUGUGAGACGGUUUUUGUUCCGUUUUUACACAAUGCAGCUGCUGAGAUUGCAACUUUGAAAUGGAAGGCCAGUGGGGAGGAGCCUCUUGCGUAGUCCCCGUCCGACCCCCACCCCCUGCACGCUAAAAAUAGUUUCCUGGAGGCUAUUUUUACCUCCACUAGGAAAAAGAUACCUGUGUCUUUUCCCUAUUAGGGGUAAAAUUAGCUGAGGGGGGAGAUUAUCAGCAGAAAAAUAAUGCAGGGUUUAAGAAGCACCACUCUCCCCCACUCCAGCUGGUUUUCUACCUCAAAUUGAGUGGCUGCGUUGUGUAAGGGGUGUGGGCAAGGAAGACCAAUGAAGAAUCAUAACGCAUAGCAUUAUGCUUCACUUUUAUUCAUGCAGUGAGCAGUGUUAGAUGCAAUUUCAGCCCGCUCCCCUUUCUGGAACAAGGGCCGUGUGAUUCAGAAGAGGGCCUUCAUAACACUGCAAGAUUAUUCUUGCUAGCUGUGCCAAAUGUGGCUGACUGGUACAGACGUACCUUGGAAGUCGAACGGAAUCCAUUCCGGAAGUCCGUUCGAUUUUCAAAACGUUCGGAAACUAAAGCGCGGCUUCUGAUUGGCUGCUGCAGCCUAGCGGAAGCCCCGUCGGACGUUCGGCUUCCAAAAAUAGUUCGCAAACUGGAACAGUCACUUCCGGGUUUGCUGUGUUUGGGAGCCAGCUUAGUUUGAGAACUAAGCUGUUUGAAAACCAAGGUACAACUGUAAUUGAAAUACUAACAGAUUUGAUACCUACCAUAUUUGGCCUUUCCUCUCCCCCCCCCCUUUUUUUAAAGAAAAAAUAGUGUUGAAGUCUAGGCUGGCUAUUGAGGGGUGGUUGUUUUUACGUCCAUGUCACUUCUAUUUCCUACUGGCUAACAGAUACCAUUGCUUGGGCAUAUUGCGCUUUACGUGGAAGCAAGUUCCAAAUGGGACAGCUGUAGGGACAAGGGGUUUGCAUUGUUGCUUUCUGUUUUCCACACAAUGCUUUUGGAGGACCAAAAUGGGCAAAACUUAAAGAAAAAACCAAAAACCUCAGGGAUCGUCCACACUCCUAUUCGUCCUGUGCCUUGAAAGCAUGGGUCCAGAUCCGAGCAGUUUCCCCCUUGGCCUGCUUCUUUCUCAGGGAAAACCUGCUCUGAAUCGGAGCAAACAGUCAAUCCAGAGAAAACCCAAAUUGCCAUUUUUUUGCUCCAAUUGAGCGCUAAAGAGAGGUUUCCCCCUGGGAGAAAGCAGCAGGACAAGAGGAAGUGUGGAAUGAGACUUCAGUCGAACAACAGCUAGAUUGUUAAUGUCCCCUUGGAGCAGGUAUUUAUCACGCCUCUUGGAGACUUUAUUUGCACAUGCCUUCAAUUCUGUCUCGCUUAGCAGUUGCUCACUAAGCUGUAUGUUUGGCUUGUGUUUUCUAGAUUACCUGGUUCCAAUCCUUUGUGUAGUUUUUAGCAUUGUGUGGUUAACCUGUAUAAUUAUCUGUGUGUGGUGGACGCGAAAGAGAAGAAAAGAGAGAGAGAGAAAUCGCCCAUCCAUAGAAGAGGCUGCAAAUAACCAAUGGGCGCCUCUAAAUCCCAUAUGGAAUCCUAUUGAGAGACCUUGCAACCGCAAAGGCAUUCAUUAUGAACCCAAAAAUUUUAUAGCUCCUCAAAAAAGAACUUACGACGGAGUAGAGGAGUACACAGAGUAUGAGGAGGAGGAGGAGGAGGAAGAGAGAGAGGUCAUGGAAAUGGACAAAUUCCUCUCUCACAAACACUCUAAGCCUUUGUCAGCAAAGGCAAUGGACUCCUUAGAGAAUAGUCCUAUUAAGAAAUCUCUUCAGACAACCAAAAUGGACAACAGAUCUGUAAAAAAUGUGAACACAGCAAACCUUGAAGGCGGAAGAGACUAAAUAUUUGUUCGGACCAUAUCCGCGCUGUCAACGUUGAACAGAGUUGGAGAAAUUGGCGUCUCCACUUUGCACCAAGGACUUAAUUGUCUGGAGUCAAAUGUUCAUAGUUACUUUAUUUUGAAUAAAAAAAAGUUAAAAUGAUAAAAACUUUAUUUUGUUUCUUUUAGCCUUGUAUAAAUUAUUCAAUGACUGUCAGAUGAUAGAGUAAUCUUUGAUAGUUGCUAUUUUUGUAAACUUUACGUGGAGAACACUUGCUGUGUUGGCAGAGGAGGGAAGUUUGUAUUUUCGAUUUCAUAAAAGUUUAUCACCCAAGACUCUACACUGUUUACAGAACGUGUUUCUUUUUACCUGUUGUAACAGUAGCUUAAAAACCUCCUGGUUGAGGAAGUUACUGGACUUAAGGGGUAAAAAAAACCUCACAUGAACUGUUCUUUUGAAUCCAUACUUAGAAACCACUCCCUGCACUUAAGUUCUGCAAGUUUCCCCCCACCCAAAAAAAAAUGCCUUAUUUUUUUGGAACAAAAAAAUCCUAUAGAGAUCUUUCAAACUGUGGUUGGAAAAAGUGGCCUUUUUAAUUUGACUAUGUAAAUUUGUUUUAAUUACCUUAGGAUUGCAGUAUUGAAGCACGCAUCAAGUGCCUUGAAAUUUCAACUUCCUUUUUCUAUAGCAACUGUCAAAGACUGCCAUGCCCAUCUAGGUUUACUACAAGAGGAUACUAUAUUUGGUAUCCUCAAGACUGACAACAGUUUAUUUUCAGAUUACGAGAGUGUGUUUUUGUAAAUAUGUACAUAUUUAAAUGAAUCAUUUCUGUAUAUUUGAGUUAAUAACUUAAAAUAUUUUUGGUCUUUUUUUUAAACGUCAUUCCUUUUUAAUUUAUGUCACAGAAAGGGAAGUUUUAUGGCAGUUUCUAAAAAAAAAUGAAAAAAGAAUACAAAUAAAACUUAUUUUGGUAUUAUGUCCAUAUUAGGAAGUGAUGUUAAUGCAAUCAAUGUUGGGAAUCUGUUGAUCACUUCUUUUUUUUUGUACUUUUCCAAUGUAUCACCAUCAUUUCACAUGUAAAUAGAUCCAGACUGUUUCCUCCCAUCUCAAGAACGCAGAGUAAGUAUACUGUACAGUAUAAAAACAGGGCAAUAUUUUUCUUUCUUUCGUGAAUGUCUUACAUGUGGUAUUGCUUUUUUGCAUUUUAUUUUUUUUAAAUACAGGCCUAAUGAAGGGAACAAUAUUUUUUUUUUCUCAUUUCUUGUUUCUGUUUUGCUUAUUCACCUCUGUGGAACAAGGCUGGCAAACUCAGAUUGGAGCCAGGCAUUUUGGCAGAUCCCAACGCUGACACCAAAACAGCAGUCCUGGCACCUCUUUUGUCUCCCUCUUUCCUUUGAUAGCAACUAGCAAUGCGGAAUGUUUUGACAUGACAAUGCCCCCACCGCGUCGAGUUUCCCUGCCUCUGCUCCACUUCAUUGGCUGCUACUAGUAGGGGUUGGGAAACUUGUAGCACAUCGUGCCACACCUUUUGUGUAUUAAUUAGAUGUCCGCAGGACUGCUCUUCUUGACCCCGUGAUGCCCAGGCUUACACAUACCUGGACUCUUGGCUUGGUUAUUAUUAACGGCUUUGUUCCAGAAUUCACUGCAGCGCCUGAGCUUAGAUCAGGUUGCAUGAUUCAGAAGUCACUGCAGAGCAGGGCCAGAGGAAGGGGGAUGCAGUAGGUGUGGGCAGCCCCGGGUAUCACCACUGAGGGAGGGGUGGCAAAAUGCCAGGUGGCACUCACCACGGGGCCUGCAGCGUGCCCAAGCCACGUGUCUCUCUUUUUUUUUAAUAUAAUUUUUAUUAAGUUUUCCAUAUUUUAUUACAUUUCAGUAUCAAAAAAUAACUUACGACGUUGCUUAAAUAAAGCACCGACCUCCUUCCUUCCCUCUAACAGACUUCCAUAUCUCAUUACCAAUUUCUCCACAUUCCUAAAUUCACUUUUUUACCUUAAAUCGAUCUUUUUAACAAUCACCUACUUAUAAGUAAAUCAGCUCCUUAAUUUCCCAUUACCAAACAUUUCAACUUAAACCUACAAACAUAUUCAAAACUGUUUGCGAUUUUCUUUCAUAUAGCGUAUAAAUUUGCCCCAGUCCUUUUGGAACAAAUCAUCACAGCAAUUCCAAAUCUUCCCUGUCAGCUUCGCCAGCUCCAUGUAUUCAACCAUCUUUACUUGCCAAUCUUCCAGUGUGGGGAGUUCUUGUUGCUUCCAUUUCUGGGCCAGGAGCCACGUGUCUCUCUUGGGAGAGACACAGUGGCUUGGGCGCCCACAGGCUCCGCGUUCCCCAAACGGUCCUCCCGCUGCCCCCCCCCAGCUGUAGGGCGGCUGAGUUGGGGGAGGCAGGCAGACCGUGGCGGCUUCGUGGUGCGCCCUGCCCCAGACGCCUGAGCGUCUUCCCCUGCCGUUGCUGCAGAGCUCUAAGCUGCGUGGCUAGGUGUAAGCUAAUAGGCCGCAACACUUGAACCACACCCUAGGUUCCGCUUUUGGAGACCGGGCCAGUCAUCCAUGCGGUUGUUUUCACAAGCCUUGGGUCUGGGCAAGCAAUUGGGGACUCCCGCAAGAAGGCUGAGUCUGCUGCUGCAGAUGUUGCCGUGUCCUCGCUGUCCCUUCUCGUCUCAACCCUCUCCCUGGAGGCAAGCAGUGCUUCCCUGACAAGAGACAGCAGCAGGAGGCAAGUCAGACUGCUCCCUGUGACAGCCAGGGUUAUCUGCUGUCACCAAGGCAAGGCCUCCUCUCUCCUAGCCUGCUCUUUCCCCCAACUCCUAGACCAGUGCCUCCCUGGGACUCCCCUUUCUGCCCUCUCAUCCCAUUCCUCCUCCUCCUGGCCAGUCCUCCCAAGAUGUCUCCAACGGGGGUCACGGCACAACAUCUGUCAAAAUGCCUGUUUCCAUCUCAGAAGGUGGAAUGCCUUGCAAGAAAUGGUUAUUCAUAACGGAAGGCUUGUGCAUUAUUUGUGGGGUGGUUGUUAAUGAUUUUUUUUUAAAAAAGAAAAAAAAAGCUUUAUUAUUAAAGAAAUGAGCUAUAUCUUUAUUUUAAUUACUGGGAAAACUUAACCCUACGUUACUUAGCUAUCCUAUCAUUGCAAAGAAAAUUGAUGUUUCUCUCUCAACGUUUUGGCCACUCAAUGUAACCCUGAAUGUUUUUUUGAAUCCACUUUUAUUUUAUACAGUACAUGAAUGCGGGAAUUUGCAGGAACUUCUGUGCAGUACAUUUUGUUUGACAUGUUCUUCGAUAGCUUUCGGAAGAAAACUAUUUAUUAAAGCAUUUUAU